AGCCAGUGUGGGUAGGAGGGCACUGUGAUGCUGAAGGCUAUAAUAUCCGAGAAUUCAAAUCAACAUUAUCAUCAUCAUCAUCAUCUGAAGUAGAGGAAAACUGCUCCACAAACCUCUUCCGCUCAAGCUCCUCCUUUCAACUCUCCUGUCUCAAACUUGAAGAUUGGCGGUGCCAGCUUUAGCAGCAGCAGUUUCUUCUCUUUUCUUUUCUUUUCUCUGCCGGUGACUGGGUAAAAAGAAAAAACAGCAACAAUGCCUUUGAGCGUUUAUCUCGGACACAACUGGGGCAUCUGCAUUAGCCGAGAGCUUUUGUCAAAUAUUUGCUUUUAUCAAGUGGUGUAAUGGUCGUCAGUGAUACUUCUAAAACAACAGCAGCAACACCCCUGGAAAAACACAUGGAUUCGCUGGAACACCCCAUGUUGCAAGUAAGUUAAUUUAACUUUAAGUGUCACCGAUAAUAUUCAAUAACCAGUCAUUUGUUGGUUGUCGAAAGUAAAAGGAAAUAGGUUGACUUUACUUCACCUGCCAUCAACCUGUCCACUUCCUGCUGUCCACUGGAGGCUAACGUAUGAUUACGUAAGCAACGAACGUAUGUCCUCGUGAGGGGGUUGUUUUUUAAAUUUUAACGGUCGAUUUUGUCGGAAGUUCUAUGAUCUUUGAGCGAUGUUUAAAAAAAAAAAAAAAAACGGUUAAGAGUCUUUCCCGGUAAGCAUACAAGAGUGAUAUUUCGAUAUUAAGCUGUCAAGCAACUUAAAUGUCUUUAGAAAGAAAAAAGUAAGCUCGAUACUACUUAGAAUUUUCUUAUUUGAGCAUUCAACCAUUUUUGUACAUGUUGAAUAGCCUACUUACAACUUUCAUUUGAUUGCUAACCAAAUCUGUACUACAUUAACUAUCACUGGACAUUAUGGCUGAGUGACAAAUUGAAUUUCAAUUUGGAAUUUGUCUACCCAUUGUCAUGAAACCAAGAUAGUUAAAGGUUAUUCUAUCUUAAUACUGUAUUCCUUCAAGGCGUGUAGGUUGGUUUAAUGCAUCAUUUGUGCACAAUGAGUUUGGGAGCGUGAAGUUUCUGGAAAAUGUAUUCAGUGGCAGUGCACCACUGCCCAGGAGGAGAUGUUUUGUGUGUUAGUAAAGCAGAGAGACAGAGUCAGCACAAGAAAGUAUUGAUUUAGACUAUUUGAAAAGCCAAGGAGUUGGAGAUGUAGAAAAUAAUAGACUGACAGUCAUUAGCAAACAAAAGGUGAAAUGACUUAUGGUUUCCUUUUCAAUGUACCUGUUUAAAUUUUUUUUCUCAAAGUGUUGAUAAUCUUUAAGUGUUUAAUUUUAGUAUUUUUACCUUUAAUACAUGAUACAGACAUUAUCAAAUCAAGUUAUUUUUAAGUGGUGCUUUUUGCAAAUAAAUUCCAAGUAGGCCUAUCACUUUUCCUAUAGGCUAGGUCAGCAGCCAAAUUAGACAUGCAUUUUAUUUACGCCUGUUUUGAUGAAACAAGUAUUUUUCUCAGGAUCAUUGCCUGGUUUAUCUCGAGUUCUCAAGAUAAAUUUAUCAUGAUGACUAGUUUUUCUCCUAGCUAGGGAAAACAAAGCUCAUCUUUUGCUCAGUAGGAUCCCGCUGUCACGCUAAAAAAACAGGCUUUGUUAUCAGUACUAAGAAAAAAAGCGUGGGAUCUCAAGUAAACAGCUGAAAUUAACACAUGGUCACAAGAAAACCGUGUUGCUUUCUUGAGGUAGCCAGAAAAUAAGACAAAAUCUUUCAAAAUAAUAAUAACGAUAAUAGGUGUUUGUUAUUAUGGGGAAAAUGUAGUAAAUAAAAAUUAUGGAAUCAUGUUCCCUCAGGGCUUCCUUACAGGAACUCCUAUUGAUUAUAUUAUAGAUAUUAUAUUUAUAGAUUUGACAUAGAUUAUUAUACGGGUACCAAUAUGUUUUAUUUAAUAACAGAUAAGAUUUUACAUCAGUAAAUAGAUUAUUUACAUUCUCCACACUAACUGCAUUUCAGAUGAACAGCGGAAAGAUGAGAAAGGAGAUAGUGAAAUAAAGUAAAAUUGUAAACCUAAAUCUGUUCAUUAACAUACCUUGUAAUACAAGAUUUUCAGUAAAUCUUGGGUCGUUUAUAUUUCUUCGUUUAACUGAAAACUAAAUGUCCUCACAUGUGUUGUGCCAUCUCUGUUUGACUAUCCAGGUUUAUCGAACCUUGUCUUGUUCUUUCAGAAUCCCUGUGGCCAGCUCAAACCGUUUUCCAUGGCUGCUUCAUAAAAACAGACAGCAUAGCUCUCCCUUUCUUCCUUUUUAUAUGCAUGAUUAACAUGUCCCAAGGGAAUGACUUGGAAUAAAAGGCAGAUAUGAAAUGAAUAUCUGUUUUUCGGUUGCUACUAGCAACACAUGCUGUAUGAGCAUUUGAGCUGAUUGCAUUACUUUUCCAGCCUCUCAUCAUAUCAACUAGCAUAUUCGAGACCACCCACGUAAUUACAUUGUUUUUAUGACACCUGUCAUAAUAGUUCACUUUGGAUAAAAUAUUGAAAGCUGCACUUGUCUAAUUGAACAAAUAGUGAGGCUCUUAGUGAAUUUUACACUAAAAGGGUAGGUUCACUUUUAAGGUCAAGUCCUUGUUGAAACAUUUCUCCAUGCCCACAUAGAAACAGCUCCUGGUCUCUGUAACUCCUCAUCUUGAAACUGCUGUGAAGCUCAUUUUAGACUCAAAGUUUUUUACAGUGACAGUGCUUUUGUUUAAGACACCCCCUCUUCGUUUUGCCACACAACAGCUUAGCCAGGAAAACUAUAAGGGGACAACCAAAGAAACAGUUUCAUACCAAAAGAACAGAAAAGAGACAAACAUUAUUGUUAUUAUGGCUGAUAUAGUCAUUUAUAGCAUAUAGCAUAGUAAUACCUUUCCUGAAUCCCUCACUAUUUAGUCACUGAUAAGAACCAGAAUGAAAUAAAUCAUCUUUUUUCCUUUCUGUUAUUUUUCACAUUUACAAAGUUUUUUUGUGUGUGUAUAAAACAUAAAAAGCUUUUUGGAGGACUUCAAAUAUCUUGCUCUGAACAGGUCAACUGGCAUCUUCAACAACACGAUUCAUGGUCUGUUGAGUUGAUUGAGUCAUCAAGCAGUAAAAAGUAAAAAAAAAUUCAUAUAAAAAUAGCAACCUGUAAAUAGCUGCUGCUUUUCUCUGCUUUACGUUGAUACAAACUGAAUAUAUUCAAGUUUUUAAAUUCUGAUCCAAUAAAAUAAGAUAUCAGCUUAGAAGAUACAAAAUUGGGAUUUUUUUUUUGCCAGUUACAAACACUCUAUUGGCUUGGAAGAUAAACUCCUGAUAGUUUAAACUUAGACAGCUGAAGUUUAAGAGAAGUUUUUAUUAUCUCGUACACUGGAUUGCUGUAAUCUGGAAAGAUGUAACCAUAAAAGCAGGUAAAAUGAUGGUUUAAAAGUUGCAAUCUUCUGCUUUUAGCUGAACAAACUUGGUAAUAUAUGACCUGAAUAUUAAAACAAGAGUUUUUGUUAACUUCGAAUCAGACUUUCAUGUCAUGUAAUAUUUUAUAUCUAGCACUGUCAUACAGUAGCCCAGCAGGGACAAACUCGUAGCACACAAGUUUUUGUAUUUAGCGAGUGGCUUUGCAAAAUGUGCUGGUUAGAAGAAGAGAUGUUGUGCAGAAAGAAGUUUGAUCAAUAGAUGUGUUUAAUGAUUAAAAAACUUGACUAAUGAAGGAUCCUUUUAAUCAUGCAUCACAGGAACUUCUUGUCCACAGGAGGGGUGAGCAAGGGAGCAUUCAUAUGAAGAAUAUACUAGAAUCACUAAAUAUUCUGUUUUAGUGUCACUUUGAAAGCAUCACAAGAGCUUUUCUUAAACCUGUUUAAAGUCUUCUUUUCUUGUGAUUUUCUUUAGUCUCAUGGCAAAGGAGCAAGAAGAAAAGGCCGGUUUAAGGGCUCAGAUGGCAGCACCUCUUCUGAUACAACAACCAACAGUCUUGUCCGACAGGUAAGAUUGAAGAGUUACUAAUGGCCUUGAGGAAAAUAUUAUCAUUUUGAUUUUUGUUUGGAGCCCUACUCUGACUUUGUGGCAUUCCAGGGGAUAAAUUCACGAACAGCAGAAUGAAUAUAACCCACCCCAUGAAGAGAAGUUUACUAAAUUAGACAUCGACAGGCACAGUCAUGUAUUUAACGACUUAAUACCAAUUUCUUUCCACCAAGUUUGCCCAGGGGAAUACUGGGCAAAUGAAUGAUUAUCAAGGGGCUUGAGUUCAAAACAGUAUGAAUAGUUCUAGGAUGGGUUUGAAAAUAAAUCAAUUUUUUUGAGUCUGUCCAGGAACUUUUGUUUCAUAUCAUCCCCGUCCCUUCUGUUCCUCGUUUCAUCUCAUCUCCUUCCUAUCUGGAGCCAUAGACAGUGGACAUUGUGUUCUGAUACAGCGAUAGGAGGUCUAAACUGCCUUGGGAAAUAGUUCUUUAUUUUACAAGCAUCAGAUUGUUACUUGGCUUUUUACAAGAUUAGCACAGUUAUGAAAUGUCCUGGCUACAGUUGCUUCACUCGGGAAUGUAACGCUUGCAUGUGUAUAAAUUCUUGACAGUAAAUGCAAACUGGCAUAAUCGCAAGGCCUCACUCAUCAUCAUCCAUCAGGGGUGAGAUGUGCAUUGCAGUUAAAAGCUUUCUGUAAACACUGCUAGGUAGACUAUGUUAAGUGGAAGUGUCUCUUCUGGGCUGCGUCCCCAGUUCUGCAGCGACACAUUGCCCUGUUAUAAAGCAGACCCUGCAAGGUACGAACUUGGUGUGUCUGGACUUUGUUGAGCAGACCAGCGAGGGACAGGAUGAGCCGGGUUGAGGAUGCGCACCCCUGCCUAAAUGUUUCUGCCUUUUUUGGAGGAGGUACACAUCAUCUUUGGCAAGGAAGCGGCAGGGCGACGGGAAAGCUGGAAGAAACCUGAGCAAGACGGCACCUCCUGGCCUGCUGUCUGCGCUGUCUCAAGGCCUCUCUCAGAACAGUCUAGAUGAGCUGCUAUCACCAGUGAAAGAGCUGCUUAGUGAGACAUUGCCUGGUUUUACUGCAGCCCCUGGGAGCUCAUUCCCAUUCCCACAGUCUUGUCCCAUAGUGAGGAGUUCCCCUCCAGUCUGAGUCAUUACGAAUAAACUCAAUCAGCCUGAGAGUUAGCAUCCAUCCACAGUGUAGCACCACAUCCUAUUGAAAUGAGAUGCUAUUAAAGUAAGAGACAGGAGAAGGAUCUGGGGAGUAUAGAGGGCUAAUGUGUCUCCGGGUCAGUGAGGUCGUUGCAUGCAGAGCAGAAAUAUCCUCUUUUAGAUUUUUGCAGCAAGAGAGCAACGAAAAUAGCCAAUCUUCCACUAACUUCUCCUUUGUUUAGAUAACAAUGUAAAUACUGUUUUUCAUUUGUUUUAUCAUAACAGCAGUUUCUAUCCACCCUGAUUUUCUCCACCUUGUGCUCAAUCAUACUGUCUGUGAUUAUUUUCACUUUUCACAGAAGAAUGAGGAUGUAGGAUUAAGUCCCAAAACUAACACCAACCAGGAAAAGUAUACGGCUAACCUUUUUUUGUGGUUAUCUCACCGCCUAUUCAUCAAUCUGUCAUUUGGCUUUCAUCUUUUCGUUCUCAUUCCUCUUUGUUUUAUCAUUUCUCUCUCAGAGGGCAAUCAGAGUUGCUGUUUACUGAAGAUUGUUUGCAUGAGUGGAUGUGAGAUUUUGAAAUGAUCUUUUGUGUGUUUUAUUUAGCUCUCCCCCCUGUCUGACCUGUUAUGCUUCACAGUCCUGGCUGUAGGCGUCUUCUGAACAGCUGAGGAUUGUAAAGGUUCUUGUGAUCAAUCCACCGCUGCCUCAAGCUUCGUAUAAAUGAAUUUUCAGUAACAGCAUAGAAACCGCUCCUUUAAGAUACGGUUACUCAUGCUGCUAAAGCUAGAGGGCAGAGGGCAGACAGUGAGUAGGUUUAGAGAGAAAGGAUGAGAGACGUUCCCUGUGGUCAUGAUCUGAUGCCCGGGGGAGUAUGGAGGAGGCUGGGAAGGGUGGAGGUCUGGGCCAGACCAGCACGCUCAGCCGUGGGAGUAGUAGGGUCAGUGUUUAGUUGAAGCUCGAGUCUCCAUUGAGAAGGAACAAGGGCAAGACUGUUAGAGAUUUGUCAGCAAACUUCAACAUCAGGUGGUUUAUUUUUAUUUAUGCGGAGGUGGUCCAGUUCAGCAAUGUAAGCAAAGAGAUUGUCUAACUGUUAUGAAACAUUUUCGGAUUUGUUGUGCAUGGUACAUUUGUCAAAGUUUUGACCCGACAUCAUUGUUUUAGUUCUCUUGUGAAUUUCUUUUCACAAUCUUGACAUUUAUGUCAACCAGUUGACAUGAGGCAAUCCUGAAACCCAACGGAAAUCACCAUCCAUCAUUGUCUGGCAGUGAUUCAUGCCCUUGACAACAGAUGCCUGCAUCUUGGUCAUUUCAGUGUAGCCAGCAGCUACAGCAUGUAACGGCUGUCAGACAAGACGUCUGCGUGUUCACUUCAUUUCUUGUUCCAUUACAUCCUCUGAUGGAGCACCUGUUGUUCAUCUGAUUUGGAUGGCUCUUCAUUCAACACCAGAUAGUCUUCACUUUGGCCUGUUUCAGUGGUUUGAGCAUCAAAAGAAACCUUCUUUUAUGUGAUUCACUCGUGGGUUUACUUGUGGGACUCAUGUUUGCCGGAACAACAUGAACAUGAAAAAGUAAAAAUGCAAGCUGUGUCAGGACUGUCCGCAACAGAGGAAGAACACAACCUGUGAAAUACUUUGCAAAUUUGGCUAUCCUGAAUAUGACAGUUUAAUGUUUUACGGACCAUUUCUUGUUCAAUAUGGAUUAUCAUAGCCUUGAGGGCUUGUACGAUUGUAACACUUGUGAUGUAAAAGCAUUCCUUAACCAUGUCCUUUCCACAUUAUGAAUGCAGCAAUAACAGAUUUUGAUGGUACAGUCCCAGUCUGAAUAGUUGUUGAGGUUUCAUGACUACGGUAAUCAUGAUGCAGAUAAAUUAAAUCAGAUUAUGAACAUUUGUUAUUGCUACUUGAAUUGCUGCUUCUUUGCUUUAGUUUAGGAUUUAAGAAACAAGUUAUUACUGAUCAUAGUUAUUUAGUGAGAUGGUAGAUUGUUUAGUUUUACUUUACAACUUUUUUACUUCCAACACGAUUCCGAUAUUGUAGCCUUCAGUAUUAGCCAAUACCAAUAUUGAUACGAUAUUAGCUCAAACUUGUGCAUGACAAGCUUUGCACUCAGCUGCAAUGUCUUUUUCAGACUUUAACGAAAAAUACUGCCGCACGGCGGACAUCACUUCGACUCCAUGCUCCAUUUUUGUACCUCAGAACACACUGUUGAUCUGCAUGCUAGAUCCAGGCGCUGUUAGAUAGAGGUGCUGGAGUGGAGUCUGGAAUGGACUGCUUGUAUUGAAGUUGCUUAUAUCGGAGAUUUGAGAUGUUGGCCGAUAUAAUAUGAUAUUUUUUUGUUUGUUUGUUUGUUUUUUUGCUGAUAUCGGACCAAUAUCCGAUAUCAAUAUUGGAUCGGGACACCCCUAGUUAGUUUGUAACCUUUGGUAGGUUAAGCUUUGCUGUUUUCACCAGGUUUGAAUUUAUGAGCAAAGCUAAGAAAAACAGCUGCAGGAUGUAGCUUUAUGAUCAGCUAAUUGACAUGAGAGUGGAAUUUUAAUGCACAUAUUUAACUCUGACAAGAAUCUAUACAGAUUUUUUUAACACAAGCAGUUCAACUCUAAUCCAAACGUAUAAAGUCGUCCUCGAGAAAUAAACCCCACAAAGAUUGAUGACUCAGUUUUCCUCAGUUGGUGUUGGAAACUCAAAAAUGCUCAUUCGUGUAAAUGUGAGUGAUUGUCCAUCUGCAGACUUGUAACGUGUUCAGAAAGUUUGCCUUCUGCCUAAUGCAUCCUGGGAAAUGAUCCAGCACCCAGUGACCCUGAGUAAUAAUAAACUGUCUUUAUAUAGCACAUCUCUAAAAACAGUUAACAAAGUGCUUUACAGAGAGCGAGAAACAAAGCUCAGAGCGUACAGCGGGAUUGAACACGAGGGGAACGACAGCUCAAAAGCAAGCCUACAAAAGAGGUGAAACUAAAAAGGGACGCUGAUUUAAAGCAGAGUUUUUCCUGUCAGUUUGACCCAAAAAAGCAGGAUUUCUGGUGACGAAUACCUGAUUGCCUUUUUUAUGAUCUAGAUGGCGAAGAGCCUCCCUUUAUGGAUAUAGAUUUGCCCUCUGGCUCUUGUUGAGAUUUUUAAUAGAUGGCCUGUUGAAAACAACCAUUAGCGAGGCAGAUUCUCACCAAGAGGAGCAAAAAUAUGAAGGAGGCAAAAGAAAAAAACAAAAAUCAAGAGCAACUGAUUAAAUUGACAAAAUUCAAAAAAUUUCAAAGGGGCUCAUGGGAGGAUAAUUUGACUAAGACUUUACUGCAUUAGGCACAAUACACAUUAGCAUUGAGGAUCUGAUGUACAGUAUUACCAAGUGUUAUUUGCAUACUGUAAACUCAAGGUGUUAUAUCAUAAUUGACCUCCUACUGCUUCCCACACUUGUUAUGUUUAUGUAAAUGGUUGCACCAGGCUCUGCAUCGCCCACCUCCCUCUGUCUCCUUCACAGCCCUCUCUAUAUAACAGCACGCCGUGAUGUCAGCAGCUUUUCCACGGCACAUUGUUGCAUUUCACCGCUCUCCGUCUGUACAUUCAGUCUGGAGAAAUUGAUUUGGUGAUGACAGUCCGUCUGGGAGGGGUGUGGUGAGGGCAGGAAACCCCUUCUCACUCUGCCCCUGAUUGCUGGCGUUUCUCCUUUUCAUCAUACUCGAGAUUAUUUUUUUUCUCGUCUAAAUGGAGAGGAGGGCUGACGUGAAAAGCUUAUUAUUUACUCUGAUUCUUAUCAGAUCUGGCGCACAAGACUUUUUAUGUAACCAGUGCCACACUGCUGUGGUAUGGAGAAGCUGCCACUGGAAAAUCUGGAAAGGUGGAGAGUAAAGUUAACCCCACCGCAGACCCUUGUCUGAACUUUGACGUACAUAUGUCAUAAUUUUCCUACAGUAGAUAUUUCUGGAGAGACAUAUGUGCUUUUUGGCAUCAAACCGCAGUGAUGAUGCAUAGGCUUAAAUCAUUCAAAUGUGGAAACAUUCAAACGUCUGCUUUAUCAAUCAUACAAGUGCAACACUGCCAUCUAGUGGAGAAACAAAAGACAACACGAUCUUGCUUGAAACAGAUAUCACAGUGUCAGUAACAGUAAGACCAAAUGAAAAUAAGAGUAUUUUAUUCUUGGUUGUAAAAUCAAGUGAAGGCAUCUGUCUCCCUUAAGCAUGUGCUCAUAACGCCAUGUCAAACUGUCAUAUGUACUGUUCGUGCUGCUUUUAUGGAAUUAUUUGUAGGUAGAGAAGAAACAUGUACAAAAAAAAAAAAGAAAAGAAAUUCUGCACAGUAGAGCAUAUAAAUUGUGGACUAGCAACUUUUUCCCACCAAAAAGACUUGCAUCCUUGCGCUUAAUCACCAAUAGGUAUUAUGAAGCCCAGUGAUGGUGGUAGUGACCUUCAGCAUCUCUUGGCCCAUCUCCAAACAAAUGAAGAGGUGGAGCCUGGGUAAAUAAAUCAGGGUUAUUGGCUACAACACCCACCUGUUAGUCCAAUCAGCCACACUCCAGUUUAUUCUUAACUGUGCAUUACUCUUAGCCUUACUAAAACCAAAACAGAUGAGUUAGAAAAGAAUCAAAAAAAUGAGCCAAAGAGACUAAAGUUAUAUUUGGACCAGGCCUUAAACAUGUUUAUUUCUGCUGUUAAGUUGGCCUUGUAUGACAGAGUUUUACUGGAUAUCCUAAUCCUCUGAAGCCCUCAUGUGGACAGGAGAGGAACAGCAGUUUUAUUUUUUUGCCCAUCUUCAUCAGCUUCAUUUUUUAACACUAGGUUGCUGCAUGAUUACCCCUGCAGCUAAAACAACAAUCAGAAAAGCAUUGACAUUUCCCACUUUUUUUUUUUCUUUUUAAAGAUAAUCACACAUAUUUAACAAGUAGGAGUUUGCAAGGUGGGAAAAAUGAAAUGUGAAAGAGUUCUUGUGCUUAGAUCAAAAUAAAGAUGUUGUUUAAACCAUUGAUUAGUCUUGUUGGUUAUCAGCGCUAAAGCUGCUUAUUGUUUUCCCUCAUGUAUCAUAAAGUCAAUAAACAUCAGAAAAAAUAAUCCUAAUUUUUUUUAGGUCCAAGGUGGCUCUGGCAUAUGUUUUUUUUUUUCACCCCAACAUCCAAAGCCUAAAUAUUUAGUCUGUUACCACAUAAGACAAAGAAAAGCCGAAAAUUGUCAAUAAUAAGAAGCUCUAACUAGGUGAAGUGUGGAUAUUUUCGAUAGAAAAAAAUCUGUUUUGUCCCUCAGUGAAUUAAUAUAACAACUUUUAUUUUUACUGUUUGUAUUUUUACUUGAAAUGUUCCAAAAAGUAAGCACUCAUGCCCAGGAGAUACACUGCUUUUUUAUUUUAAUAAGAAGAUGGAUGCAUUUCAUUAGUUCCCCUUUAGAAACUCAGUCUUUUUCCUUAAGUGUCUGCUGCUUCUGUGAUUAAAUGGAAACCAAAGAGGAGGAGUCGUUGGGUUAUUUUUUGUGAGGCGUUGCAUUGUCCAUGCUGAUGUUGUGGAUUUGGCAAGAAAGGCUCACUUUUUUAAACUCAGUGACGUCAGCUGAGGCUUUGAAGCUGCUACAUAAAACAGACUUGAUUUACAUUUGUCGUCAUGCUCUCCUGCUGUAUUUAUCAUGGCGUCGAGAGCAGGUGACUGAUGAUUACCUCUGAACGGGGGAGACAAGCUCGGACACAUUACCUGAUAGAUGACGUCCCCCUCUCACUGUUAGUUGCACCUCUCUCUGUUUAUAAUGACGCCUUUCCAUCACAGUGGACACAUGUCAGCCAGUGAAUUAUUGGCAGUGAACUGAGGAAGCUUCAAUGUUGAUGAAAGAGGCUGCCAGAUUUACGCUGUGCUGAGUGUCUGUCACACUGAGCAGGUGAUAUAUAGAUACUGAUACUAUCGCUGAUGAACAGGAGGGUUCACCACAGACCAUAUGCCAAUUGCACAGGGACAACAGGUGGCGUGUGGACAGAUGGAAACACCUUAUAUAUGAUAUUAACAAAUGUAAAUAUAUAAGAGGUCAGUGAAUAGUAGCCAAGAACUCUUUUCUUCUUUGCUAGCUCAGAGAGAGGAAAACUUCAGAGUAAUUUGUUUUUAUUGCACAAAUCUCGGGACUGCCCAACAUUGCAUCUCGCUUGUUUAUCGUUUGCUUGGGGGUUGUUUUUGUUAAGCUCACAACAGCUUUUCUAGCCUUGAGCCCCAGACAUCAAUCAGAAAGCUCACUGAGCUUCACAUCCCCAGAUUUCUUUAUUUUCUUAUCUUGCAAUUCUUGAUCCAAACUAACACUUAAGCUGAAUCUCUCAGGAAGAUAGAAUAGUGCCUCAAAAUUGUUGAUCAGUAUUUUGUAUUCAAACUUUAACACGUCAAUUGGUGGAUAUGUACUUUAAAAUCUAAAAACUAUGAAGACGUGGAAGGUUUUUGCAAACCAUUUGAGAAUGUCUCCUUAAUAAAAGAUAAUUAUUCAUUUGACUUUGAGCCCAAUUAAUCAAUUUUUCUGGCUUGGAAAAGGUCGCCCUGAAGAGCUAGCUUAAGGGCCCUUUGGGGUGUUUCCUAAACCAGAUAAUAGGUCUAUGCCCUGUACAGGGUGAUAUGAUGGAUGAGGAUACUUUGUGACCAUAAGGAGUUCCUGCUUGGUAAAUGUCAUGAGUGUAACUUCUGCUUUACAGCAACAUAUCAGGUUUAUCUUCAUCUGGAUACAGCCCUCAGAAGAAGUCAUGUUGUUAUUUUUCUUUAUGACAAACUAAUGUCACUGUUUGGCACCUCCCUCGGAAGAAUAACACUGAUGGAGUGUGUGUUGCAGAGGAUGAGACGAGCUGCCCUUUUCUCUGUGGAACAAGUUUUGGGUUCUUCGGAAUCACAGUCAGCUCUGGGAAGCAUUAAGAUAAACUAGCACAUAGGUCAUGAGGCUGCAGGCUGACAAUACAGAUAACAUGGAAAAUGACCAACACUGUAAGUGCUUUGAUUCAAAGACAAAAGAUCUUUUAACCCUUUAGUAACAACUUUUGGCCUCAUAACACUGAGCAUAUCUUAAGGUUUGUAGAAUUUACAGUCAUCUUAUAUCCUGAAUACCUAUUUCAUUAAAAAAACAGAGACUGGAAAAGGGAUAAAACAGCUAGAGGGUGUGCCAAUAUGAUAUUGAUAUCAGAUAAAGGUCUGAUACCAACAAAAGGGUUAUAUCAGCCUGCAUCUAGAAUCUCCGAUAUCAGCACUGCGAUACAAGCUGUCCAUUCCAGACUCUGCUCUAGCACCUAUGUCUAGCAGCACCCGGAUCCAGCAUGUAGAGCCCAUGUGAUCACAACAAAAGUGUGUACUAAGCGUAGACUGAAUAUAGAAUGGACGUCAUCUGCCUCCUCACUGGGUGAAGCCACUCCGAGAACAGCACACUCUGGUGGUGGGCUGCAGUACAGGUCAUAAAUCCCGCCUCCUCUAGCAAUCCCUAUGGAGCUGUUGACAAAUUUUAGAAAUGUAUUACACUGAAUAUAAUUUUUUCUCCCCCCUGCUUGCGAUGUUGACAUGUAGCUAUAGUGAGACUGGUUUGUGCUCAAGUCCUCUUUUUUUCUGUACAGCUCCAUUUUUAAAAGUUAUUAGGGGGUUCAUGUUUUCUGUGAUUGACACCUGAUACAGCCUAUGGGGGUACAAGGAUUGCAACACUACUACGCAAGUGGUGGGGUGCGUACAAUGCUACUGCGCAAUGUUGGUUUCAGGAAGUGGAGAAAAAACACAGAAUUACUGAGAACUUUUCUGCUUCAAAUCUGUAUACUGGCGGAAGACGGAACCAAGUCGUCCAUAGUAUAUACAGUCUAUGGUACUAAGGUACUAACAAAGUACCAAGGAGUAGGAGCGAUGUUGACCCUGUUGCAGUAUUUUUCAUUAAAGUCUGAUAAAGACGUUGCAGCUGAGUGCAAUACUAAACAUGCACAAGUUUGUGCCAAUAUCAGAUCAGUGUCAGUAUCGGACAAUACUGAAGGCUAUAAUAUCUGUAUCGUCAUCAGAGGUGAAGAAGUUGUAUCGGGACACUCCUAAAAAUAGCUGUUUGACCAACUAACAGACUAACUUAUGUUUCAAUCAUAUAACUUGCACUUGACUGGGCAUGUGUUAUAUAUUAAUUUUUCUAAAACAUAUAUAUCUUAAUGUGAAAUUGUUAGCUAGUUUUUAGGGGGGAAACAACAUUGUCAGGCCGUGUUUGUGCUUAAAUAACCUUCUUCUUGCAUGAGAUACAGAAACACAUCCACCGUCAUGCUCUGUUGCCUAUAUGAAUAUUUACACUGCAGCUUCUUCGCUGCUGCAUGUUCGUCCCUCCCCGAGACCGAGAGAGAGAGAAAGAGAGAGAGAGUGUGUGUCCUCCUCUGGCUGACACUGCAUUUACGAUGCCUGUCACUCUGGGCUCCAUCACCUGAAAGCGGCAGGGACCAGCAAGAGAGUGGAGCUGCUUGACGGGAUGAAAACAAUCAUACCAGCGCCGCUAUUACACACUGCAUCCACUCUGGCAUCCCCUCUGCACCACAGACAGAGUUGUGCCGCACAAGACCCACACUCUCUCUCUGCAACAUGAAUGCACAGCGCAGUCUUUUCAGCAACCAGUAGCUGUCUCAGCCUCUGUCUUAAAGAAGUGUGAGGGGUAAUGCAACGCAGAUGAUUCCUGAAACCAGAUGUAAAGGAAAAAACGAAAGGAAUAGCGUGAAGACGUAAAUCUGAGAUAAAAGAGGGAGAAAAAUGCAAAGAUGACAGCUGUGUGUAUGUGAAGCCUCUAUAGCAGAUGAACCUUUAGAUUAAAAAAAAAAAAAAAAAAGAGGAGAGGAGGCGGAGAGAGGCGGCGGCAUCCAUUAGGAAGCAAGGGACAGCGGUCAAUAAAGGACACUCAGAACUCCACCUCCUUCCCGUGCUGAGAGGGAACUUGUGUGUGUGAUGAGUGUGUGUAAAUCCACCAGCAGCUGAACCAGUGUGCCAGCCUGCCACAGCACACAAGCAGCACUGCAGAGGAUUUGGCAGCCCAGAGGACCUGCUGGAGCUGUUACAGAUUUUUUGGGGUGGGGUAAAGAGUCGGCUUGGACGUGCACCUCGCUGUCAGCUUGUGUACUCUCUGCUAUAACAGCAUGAAGACGGUCAGAAGAUGAGGAGGAGAAAGAGAGGGCAGAAGAGUCAGACUUUUUAAGUCUUUCCAAAUUGGGAGGGGGGUGGGUUUGGCAAACCCACAAGGGGUGGGGGACGCACACAGGGGGCUGGUGUGGAAACCUUUGCCGUCUCUGUUAACUCCUCCACAAGGGAUCUCCUCUGUCACCACCUCUGCGUCUCCUGGUGGUCCGCACCCCCCUGUGGGCCACGUGUGCAGGCAUGGACCGAGGCUGAGCGGAUGCUGCUGCCUGACAGGGAGCCUGUGAGACGGCGGUCCACUCCUCCCCGCCCUGGUCCCCUUCAUGCCGUGCUGUGGACUGGGCCAUCGCCGGAAAGCACAGCUUCCAUAUGUGAGUUUGAGGCUCUGAUGAUGAUUUAUCACACAAGGGUUAGAGGGGAGGGUGUGCGUGAGAGAUUAGAGGAGCCGACAGUCGCCAGCAUGUGCAGACCAAUGUGCUUAAUGUGCUUUGUUAUGAUUGUUUCAUGCUGGUCAGACUGUUUGAAUAAUUCAGAGGUUAUUCGCAAAGGUGUUGCAUCGGCACAUGCACAACUUCAAAUAUUGCUGCUUCAAAGAACAACACUAAGUGGUCAGUGGACACUCGCCAGGUUUUUCCCUUGAUGUUAAACCCUGAUAGUCCUCUAUCCUGAAUGCUGCAGGAUUUAGCUGAAAUAUUUAAAUUGCCCUGGAUGGGCAGUUUUCUGCAGAGCUCUGUUCUUGCAUGCCUACAGACAUGAUAAAUCUUUCAUUUCAUAUUUUUUCCAGGUUUUGGACAGAGCAAGCAGAGGCUGUACGGUUUCUGAAUGCAGAAGGCUCACACUGCAGGCACAUGCUCUGUUGACAGUUCCACUUUAUUGGGCUUUGCUGGUUCAUGUCAUGCAUCCUCUGUGUUUUGGUGUCUGGAAUCUAAAGCAUGUGUGUUGUAAGGACACAGAAAGUCCACUUUGGCUGUGUGGGGUGUAAUGAAACGCAGUGAGAGCAAAAUGUCGGUGUGCUCUUUCUAACAGGUAGGACCUGAGAUAGGAAAUUUGAUGAUACAUGCAGUUCUAGCUGUACUGUCCUUUGCAUAUUUAAUGUAAAUGCCCGAGUUCUGCUCUGCUGAGCUCCUGCAGUCAUAGUUCAAGUGGCUGAAAAGACGGUCAAAAUGUCUGUUACAUAAAUGAGAAGGUGAGCAAUGCACAAAAAAAAGAUGUUUUUCUUUCACUAUCAUUUUACUGCAGAUGACAGUGGACCUCACUAAUAGAGUUUCACCACUAGAUGGCCAUGUUACACUUUUACCACCACUCCCACAUAAAUAAACUAUCAUGGCUUUUCCAUGCAGAGAGAAAGUGCUUAAACACCCAAAGAUCAGAAGUCAAGCUUGUUUUUUAUUGGAUUUUUUUGGUCUCAAAGUCUGUAAUAAAACAUGAUGUCAUCACCAAAUUUAAGACAUAACUCACAGGACAAAAUGUUCUGCAGCAGCCAGAAACACUGAGAUAAUAUCAGAUAUUCAACCUGAACUUGCCUCAUCUAUUUCUUUAUUUGUUUAUUAUCAUAAAAUUAUAAAAUGUUAAUAGAGGCCUGUCUCGAUGUCCCGAGCGCUAAAAUAAAGUUUGUUUAGUGUCACAAACUCACAACAAACCAUCAUAUGUUGAAAAAAGCAGCUCAAAACUCAUGUUUGAAAGUGAACACUACAGUCAUUUCACAUUUUAUUGCAGUAUUAUUUAUUGCCUUUUUAUUUUUUGUUAGUUGAUCCACCAUUUCACUAAUAAUUUUAGCCCUAAAAUACACAUUCAACAAACUGAAAGCACUAAUCCACAAACACAAGUUUAGCCCAGCACUUGUAGAUUCCUGAAAAAGUUUCAAUUAUAAAGUAACUAGAAUCUCCUAAAGCUGAACAAAAUUACAGAAAAGUACAUAAUAGUUUCAGGAUACUGAGGUUUAUAAUAUGUGUCUUCAGAGUUCUCCUGAAAGAACACAGAUCUUCUUCUUUGAAAAAGGAUCAAGACUUCUGGGCCCGUUAUGACGCAUAAUGUCUAGAAAUGUAGACUUUGAAGGGUCCAGCUUCUGAACUUGGACACUGACUUUAUCCCAGAUGUUGUAGAGAGAGAGAAAAAAAAUCUAGUGCUUCUGUUACACAAUCAGGUUUUUGUCUGACACGCGCUGCAGAGGGGCUGAAUCAACAUUGACUGCACAACUGAGUAAGCUUUAAUUAAACUGAUGAGUAGAUUAGUGUAAGACCAGCUGUUGAUACUCCACACUGCACGGUCUAAGCCCCAUGUGUAAGGUGUUUGCACCGACACAGACCAUCCACUGUGACAGAGUAUCACCAGCAUAGUGGCUGUGUGUACUUUCUGUGUUGAAAUUGAUGUAUUGAGUCAAGUCAAAACCGCAGUUUUUUGGGGUUGAAGUAAAACAUCCACUGACUGUAGCCAGUGUGAACCUUUAGAGGACCCCAGCUGCCGUGACUUGCGUACUCACUCUUUGACACUCCUCUCACAUGUUUCCAAUAUGGAGCACCAGACCAACGUUUUAAGUCUGAAAUGGGGCAGAACACAAUUCCGCUCAGGAUGGAAUGUGGAGCACGGAGACCCGGCCGGAUGGGACUCUGUUUGAUGGACUGAAUGGCCAGUCCUAGACACUCCUCACGGAAACUGAACUAAUUGAAGACAGCCUUCCUUGCUCCAUUCACGGCUUUGUUUUCUAGGGUUUUCUGCUUAUAAUGGCGCCGUAGAAGUAGCCAUCACGACUAAGCAGAGAACCACUUCAAUGCAAAGUUUAUCGUGUUUACAUAGCAAGAGAGCCAGCUGACCCAUAGAGGCAUGUCGCAAACAUGGGGUUCAGUAAACUUCCUAUGAUUAGCACUGCUUUGCUAAUUAAAAUGCACUCGGCUUAAUUCUAAAUCUCCAGGUGUAUUUUUGGCCGUGGUGCAAACAAGACAAAGAGUUUUUCGCCAAUCCCUGUGCAGCAUUUCCCCUCCUAGCUGCAAAAGCAUAUCCCAAAAUAAGCAGACGCACAAGUACUUUGACACAACCACUCAGCUGGUAUCCCAAGACAAGUAACAAGAGUAACUCAGUGUUUACUUUUCAUCUCAACGCAUUCUUUGUAGUUUUGCCAAUCCUUUGCUUCCAACCCCAGUCCCAGGAGAACAGUAUACGUCGUCUUAACUUUUUAGGUUUAGGCAUUUUGCCUCUGUUAGAUAGGACAGCUGAAGAGAGACAGGAAUUUUGAGGAGUAGGGAGCGAAGAACUGUGGAUGGGAAUCAGAGACUUCUAUGACGCAUACUACAUCCUCUAUAUAGGACACACUCAGACGGCCAGGCCAGUGGCAUCAUCGUACUUGUUUUUGUACUAAAUCAUCAAAGCCGAUGUUGCUCCACAUUAAAUAUCUAACAUUUCUUUGAACUGAUUUACACAAGAGUAAGUCAAGGUACAUUUGCCCCCAUGAAGACUCCAGCACUAAUGCUGUAUGCAGUAAAUUUUGCGUUCCUCUAUUUAUUAUGUAUGAAGACAUUUCACCUGAAAAGUGAGAACUUGCCAAAGAAGGAAUAAGAAAUGUCAGACACUAUAGUAUUACACACUGGACUGUAAUUAUUCCCAGAAAAAAACUAGGCCUUUGUGUGCGAGUGGUGAGCUAAUUUCCCAUGGUGAAAGUGUGACCUGGAAUUCCCAGUUUUCCAGGCUUUGGGAAACCCGCCCAGGGAGGAGUGUCAGGCCAGCACAGAGCAGACUUGAGCAGGGUUUCCUUGGCAGCAGCAGUGCGUUCUUUAACUUUUCCAGAGAUUAUUGAAAUGUCCGGAAACUGAGCGGCUAAUUGGCCACAGAGGCCCUCAGGAAUGUCUCAGAUUUAGGUGGAUUUUUUUAUUUCUUUUACAUCAUCUAUCUGCUCAGUUUGAGGAUGGAAAGUGUGAUAUAGAUCUACGAGGCCUGUGCGGAGUAAAGCUGCACUCCAGUCUGGAAAUAGUGAUGUCAAUGACAGACACCAUGUGCUGCCUCUGUGUGUCCUGACCCUGGCUCAGUUCUAACUGGGCUGCAUCGGUCUGAGUUUUUAAAACCCUCACUUGUCUGGAAAUGUUGAAGUCAAGCAAAUCAUUCAUGUGGAGAGUUUUUGAUUUGACACAACUGGCUGUUUCUUUGUCUCUCUGGUUGAUCAGUUAUAUGGGGGCAUCUGGUUGGGUGGUGAAAAUACAAAUCAUAUAAUCUCCAACAUGACCAGGUAGAGAGAUCCCUAAAGCUUGUCACACCAGACUCUCUCAUUCCAGUAAUUUGAUUCCUGCAUAUAACUCUAAACUCUCUGAUCAAGAAGAGUUUUGGGGGUGCGCAGAUAGCCUAGCAAGUUAGCGUGCAGGUUAGCGCGACCAUGUGCUGCAUGUCAUCACCUCCCUCUCUCUCCACUGUCCUAUCAUUAAAGGCAAAGAAAUGCCAUAAAAAAGAUGAGUUUUGAACAAAAUAACCACUUAGUUAUCACAUGAAAUUCAUUCUCAGCAUGGCUGCAUUGGUUGAAACAACAUUGGCUGUCUUUGUGCCAGCAUGUAUAGGAAAUACUUUUGGGAAAACUACACAAGAAAACUUGUUAAAAUCCCUUUUUUUUCCUUUCAAAAAACAAACCAGUCUAAACUCCAAGUGAACACUCAGAGAAAGGAAAUUUACCCAACAUGGCUACAGAAGGAAUCAUAGAGCCUGUAGGCAAACUGCAGAAUUGGUUCAUUAAGUGUGGUGAUAGCAGAGCUCGCACGACCAGCUUUUCAUCCUCUUUGCAGUCUUGCAUGCUAUGUGAUCAUGAUUUUCUAGAUCAAAAUACUGGUAAACUGCCCCACACGUUGAGUUGCCACCUGUGCUUAUUUACAUCCAGGUAGAAGAGCAUAGGAGCAUUAUGGAAGAAGCAGUUAGCCUAGCUAAUGGUGGGUGGCUGCUCGACAGCUUAAACAAUACAUAACCAGCAUUUAGAGCCUAAAAAAGUUAUAAUAUGUAACUAUAAAAUAUGUAUGCAUUGUAAAAGAAAAACAGCUGUAAUGGGAUCUAGACCUUUACUUCCUGCAAAUCCACACCCACCCAUGUGAAAUACUACAUUAUUGUGGAGGUGCACCUAGUUACAUUAUCGCUUUGAGCACAUUGCUUACUUCUUCUACAUAAGCUGUUUCUCAUUUCAAGUUUUAUUUUAAUCACCUUUCAAUAUAAAUGCUAAUAUUCACCACUAACGUAUAUAUUCUUCUGGCUGAAACUCAAAAAAUUAAUUAGAAAUAAAACAAAAACUUGUGUCUUUUAAAAAAUUUGUAAGGUAGCAGAAUUUCACCAUUGUCAGUACAUUUUAAUGCAUGGUGAAAACUAUACCAAUCUGCAGCUUAUCAACCUGCUGCAUUACAUCUCCACAUAUAAACUGAUUUGCUCCCUGUGGUGAAUGGUAAUUUUAGCCUCAUGUCUCAGCUCCAACACGUUCUACUUGGUGCUUUACCGCUAUCAGUGCAAAGCAGCUGUUUAAGAGCUGGAGCGCUGUCAUCCAUUUUUGUCGGGCUUGCAGUUACUGGCAUAUCUCUUCAGUAAUUCUAUUUAUUACGGUCACAUUUUACUACAACACACAGCUUUAAAGAGAGAUACGUCUGCAUUACGUUCUCUGCUGUUGAGAAGGCUGUUAUAUUGAUUUGUUGUAUAUGAGGCAUUAGGCUGAGUUUAAGCGUCACUUUGGCUCAGUUUGACAGCAUAACUCUCCAUGUACCUCCUCGUAUAAAUCUGUACCCUAUCCCUACUUUUUGCUUGAUCUCUAUAAAUCAUUGAGUUGUCAGUUCUUUGUAUCGCUGCUGCAAAUCAUUGCAGAAUUUUGCAGAUAAGUAGGCAGUCGUAUCACCGGAGCUGAAGGAGCAGUGGGCUCAGCUCACAUGCACAGAACUGGCACCUCAGACAGUAAGGGCAUUCAGGCCAAACAGAGCAUCACUUAAAACAGGAGCAGAUGUUCUUUGAGGCCAAUUAACAACAGAGGGAUGCCGACAACUUUGAGCACCAGAGGAGGGCUACCGGCCCAUAUGGAUACAAGAGACAAUUAAUUAGAGCGUCAGACAUUAAAAAUGGAUCAGGCACUAAAUUAAGUUUCGCUUUAAUCCCUGAUCCCCUGGAUUGUGAGAUUGGGCUUUGAUUGUUAUUUAUUUCUUUCUUUAAUACUUCACUAUUCACUAUGUACUGUACACUGAAAAUGAUCAAGAACAUAAGAUAUUAGCACAGUUUGGACCAAUUAAACUUCUUUAAAAACUCAGGACAGAAAGGUAUAAAUAAAUUAAAUAUCAGAUCAAGAGUAAUUAUAUAAGAAUAGUUAGACAUGAAAGGUUUAAGAUUUGUUAAAACAAAUGAAGCCAGUUUUAACAUAAUAGUUUUUAAUGUAGAAAAGGUCAAAGAAAAGGGAGGACUGGAAAUGUAUUCUUAAGGAGUGUAUCUUUCCUUGAAUUGCAUUUAAAAAGUAAGAGUCUCCUCAUAUUUAGGUUAAUGUCAAUUGUUAAUAGCAGUGACGGUUUCACUUAUCUGAAAAGCGAGUUUACCUCCAUGACUGAGGCGAGCUGUGGCUCACAACCACAAUGCUAGAGGGGUGUUUGAUGAAUUCCAGGUUAAAGCAUUAUGGUCUCCUCUGUCAAUUAUGACCGGGUGCAUUCAAACCCCACCCAAUUUCAGCCUGUAAAACCAGCAUGGAUACUCUAAAACUCCUCAGUGCUCUUUUUCAGUUAACAUGGAUGUUUAAGUUGCAGGAGUAAAUCAUUUAAGAAAGGGGAGGACAAAGUACGAGAGAAAGAGAGAAAAAAAUACCAUUAAGGGGCCGAAAUACUGUCAUAUAAAUUUUGAAUCUGCCACCAUGGAGGGGAAAGAGAGAAUCCUAUUCUCACUGAGCAUCUUUCACUUGUCUCCUGGCAAAAAGGCGUCAUGACAACAGGCACCAGCCGGGCGAGGAGAUACACCCUUGGGAGGGAAACAGCGCAAGGAAGGUAAAAGAGGAAAGGAAGGAAAGUGAGAUGAAGUAGGUGGAAAGGAAAGGAGAAGAGAUCAAAUGGAAAAGAGUGGAAGAUAAUGAAAAGAGGAGGCCAAUUACUUUCAAGUUUCUCUCUUCUACUUCCUAUUUUGUUGUCCUGUGCCAUCCCCCAGAGAAUCACCGUGCUCAUCCUAAUGCGUCUGUAAGCUCACCCUCGGGAGCCGGCCACAAAGAUCUGCUCCGCGAUUGGGCGCGCACCGUGGCUCAGCAGGGCGGGGUUAAACCUGCUGGGAUGUUUCAUAUUCAUACUCAGCUUGAAUACAUAAUCAGUCCAUCAGGUCACUGCUGUCAGGAAGAAAGGACUCUGAGUGUGCCGGGUGAUUCUUCCGUGAUCUUGACCGCAUUUAAUUUUGCCAUGUGAAGAAAAACUUUGUCAUUGUCCUCGUCUGCGUGAUCCCGCUGACAGAUGCUGGACUCAGUCAGAGCAGGGGAUUUUGGCUCGCAGGUUUGCAGAGCAGAUGACGACCUAUGGCUGAGCUCGACGUGCCCCUGGCCAUCACCCUUGACCCUGCGUAGACCUGCCCACACGACAAGCUGUGCGGCUGACAUCCGCUGAGGAGGGGGGCUCCUCUCUGCACGUUACCGGCCCGCUCUCGUUGCCAUGAUCAAACACUCCAAGAAUAAAAAUGUCUCCUGGGUAAGUGAGGCGUGUUGGUGGACUUUUCUCCUCUAUUUUUUGAACUACCUUCUCGCUGUAUGUGUGGCUUUUUCUCUAUCUUGUGCUGUGCUCUCAAAAUAACAGGAAGCCAUAUAACAUUUUUGCAUCACUAUUGUUAAGAUUUCCUGCAUUAACGGAUUAUGUAGAGACUAUUACGGUGUAUUCCCAUUUGUUUCUGAUGCUCCUGUGCCCAGUGGCUAUUCCAAAGAGAGGCUUAGAGAUUUAGGUAUUAUAUAACAACAAGCUACUACAUGCCCACUUUAUGAAAUCUGGUCACCACUCUGCCAACUCUGCAGAUGUUGAAAGAAAAGUGGCUGAUGUCGAUGAGUUAAACUCAAAGCAAAAGUUCAAGAAAAUCAUAUGUGUGUCAUCAGAAACACAACAGAAGUUUAACUUGUGUUAUUUUGAUUUAAUUUUGUCUCCGGUUUUCAACAUGUGUGAGUUUGGUAUAUGAUUCUUUGCCAGUGCAGACGGAUCAGGGGAGAUUAGAGCGAGAGUGGCUUUGCGAGGAUGAAAUCAGCUACUUGGGAGAAUAAAAAAAAAGGGGAGGGGGGGUAAAUGAUGUGAUGGAGUGAUGGUUUACUACAGAAUUUACUCCGUCUGUCCAUCUGUAGACUUUAAACCAUUUUUUUUCUUCUCGUGUGACCUCCAGCCACUCAGCUCGACCACUUUGUUAUGUAAUCUUUUCACUCCAGCUACUGUAUGUCAGGUGUGAGUGACACAGUCAUGGUGUGAUGACUCCUCUGUACACACCAUAUGUUGCAUUCACUUUAACAGACAUUCAUGUUUGAGACUGCUACCUUUUUCCCCUUUUUUUAUGUCCAGUAUAUUCUACAUGUGCACAUGUGCAUAAAUAGAGAUGUACUUAUGUGCUUUCCUCCGGAGGGAAACACUGCUCCACUUUUGCUCAACCCACCCAUAUGGCACAUAUGUCACGCUGCUGCUUUCUGCAGCCCAGCUCGGUGUCCUCACAGUGAACCUGGUCAUUCCUGCACACGGAAAGCUGGAAAGUUGAGUUCAAAGUACUUGAGUGCUUGAUGAAGUGAUGUGACAGCUUUGCCAAACAGUUCUAAUUAAAGUAGCACGACAUGAAUCAGCAGAGAAAGUCCAGUAUGUACCCAAUACCAGAAAUACUUUGAUUAUAUCUCUCCUUUUUCGCUGUUUUACCUUCAUUAUCUCAAAUAACAGCAACAUGAAAUGAUUGGGCAUUUAAGCUGGUAUGAGAACACUUCAACAAAAAGCUAAAUUGACUUCUGAAGGAUACAUGCCCACUGCAGUGAGCAGGCUUAAACACAUCACCUUACAGACUCUCUGUUACAUGCACAUUUACCAACCUACUAUAAAUGACUGACGGGGCUGACAGAGAGGUUCAAACCCCAAGAACUGAGUGACUUUUUCAAACCUCACUUUACCUUAAAAAUGAAAGCCUUCUCUUCCUGAUUAUCAUUAAGUGGUAGAAAACAAAAUCCACAUGCUAAGAUGUUCCUCAAACAGUCUCAUUAAUCAAGAGACGCUUCUUGUUCACAAAGGCAAGCAAGUUCAUGCCCACAUAAAACAUGAGUGGUUAGCUAUAGAGCAAAUUAACAUUUUGUAAAAGAAAUUUGAUUGAUAAAUGGCAAACAUUUGAAAUUGUGUAGUAAAUGCUAUAAGUCAAGCCUAAAAUAUAAUAAGUAAGUAAUUCCUCAGUUUAGGUAAGAGUCUCGUAGAGUAUUUUGCAGACACACUGCAAACACCAGUAAAGUGGUUUUGCACUUUCUACUGCAUGACUUCUAUUCUUGGCCUCCUUUUAAACCCACUUGAGGUUGGUCAAACACAUCCCUUCUUACAUUUUAUUGAGAAAUGAAAAAAAAAAUUGCACCACAAUGAAUUUCACCAGGACAAACGCUUUCAAAUAUAUUUUGAGGCUAAAUUUUAUGGAGCAUGUGCAACUAGAAUGAUCAUAACUUUGAGAUUUGUGUCAUUUUCAGCCUUGUAUGGCAGUUGUUAAUUGACUUGGUUAAAGGGCAUUUUAAAUUACUGCAAUGAAAAGUAAACAGUGAUACCAUAUUCUAACAGCAGAGGGUGCUAUCUGACUCUGACUACUCUUCUUCAACCACUUUGUCUCUUGUAUUUUGUAGUAGAAUGACAGCACAGAACUGGCAGCUGCAGGGGAAGAUUUUGCAGUUGAGGAUGCGCCUCCAGCAUGCCGAAAUAUAUAUACUGACCAUUUUGGUGCUUUUAUUUGUCUUAUCCAUGUGAGAUCGCCAUUUGGAGAUUAAGUUCCUUCUCCAAAAUAAACUGAUAAGUCACCACCCUCAGAUCCAGAAGCCGGUAAACAUGUACGGAUCAGGAUGCAUAAAAUACUAUAUGCGUUCUGCAUUGCAAGCUGCAGCUGUUCUAAUUCCAGGUAUCUACUUCUCCAUCCAAUAAGCCUAAUGACUAUGAGGACCAUUUUUAAUAACAAGGGUAGGCAGAGGCAGGCGGAUUAGGACUCCAGAUGGUGCAGUCACUGCCUGCCUGACUGUCUGUCAGUGCCACACAUGUACAGCUGCAAGAGGUCACAUGUUUUUACUACAGCGGUCAGAUCGGCUGCUGCAGCCCAGCAUCACGUAGACUCUCCAGUAACACUAAAGCUGGCAAUUUCAACACCAAGUAUCAGCUGACAGUUUGAAGAGUUUUGAGGUAUAUUUGUAUGCUUAGAGGUCGUGUCAUAUAGCCGGACUUGAGGAUGCAACAGAUGUUGCACCGUCAAAUUAAAGCUUAAUGCCCGGCCAGCCGAAGGGAAAACACUCCAGAGCCAACCAUGACACCACAAAGCUUAAACACUCCACUCUGUGUAUGUUUGUGUGUGUUUUUCUGCUCAUGCAUGUGCGUGCUUCUGCUUAUGCCCAUGUCAGUGUGUGUGUGUGAUCUGCCAGAGAGACUUUUCACUCCACAUGAGGCAUGACACUCGCUGUUGAGAGAGCUCUGAUGAUGACCACGGCUCAUGACAUCUCUGUGACGACAUCAGUCGCGUUUUCGAGCAACUUGCAGUUACUUCAGUUUUUUCCCUCCUUUUUGACUGAGGCAGGGAGGUUGUCUUUUUUCAUGCCAGGCGUCAGCUGCUCGCACCCUGGGGUCAUGGUACUCUGAACAGGAAAAAAAAAAGAGGGAUUUGCAUAAUUCAUUACAGUCGCUGUGGAACGGAGAGGCGACACAGGUGUCCUGAGUUUUGCGGUGGAAAGAGCAUGCCUAAGAAGCCAAAGGUAAAAAAAAUAACACACUACCUGUUCUUGUUUUUGUUGUUGCUUGUAGUUGAUACUCUUUAAAUGACUCUAAGUGCUUUUUUUUUUGCAUACAUGCAGACUCUUUGCUGGGUGCAGUUCUGUUUGUAACGACAGUCAGGAGGGGUGUCCCAUUUGGUGCUGAGCUCUGUUUGCCUUCAUUGUGGGCUUCGAUUCAAAUCCUGUGCAUAUGCAGGACAGCGCCUGCUUUUUUUUGAUGCAAACACGGCUGUUCUGCAGGUGAAAGACAAUCUGCAGGGUCAUCUUUCCUCUAUCCUACAUAGACAAUGAGUCUGGUUAAAUAGUUUGUCAUCCUGUCAAAUCCUAUCUCUGAAAAAUGAUUUAGAUUACAGCAUAUUUAAUCUUUGGCAUUUUACACAAUGUAGGGCAGUGUCAGCAAAGCUUUGAACUGUAAUCUCUUGACAUAAAGCAAUCUGCAAUCUGUCUAUUUGUGGUGAAACAGUUUUUCCCAUUUUCUGAAUUCCAGUAAUUUUAGAGGCAAUAAACCUGACCUGUUAGUCUCAUUUACAAGAGGGAUUGAAUGCCCCUAAAGUUUAGACGUCAUGUAUUGUAGAGCUGUCUUUGUGAGGGAGUUUCCUCUCUGGUGAUUUAAGGUAGUAUAACACUGUCAUGUAAAAAGAGUGCCCGGCUUUUUUACGUUUACUAUUAUGUUGCAUCAUUUCUGCUUUUAACGACUCUCUUAACAUUUGGGAUCUGGUGUGUUGGUCUUGAAAUAAAGGGCUUCAUUUCUGAGUAAUAUUAUAGUAAUAUUUCAGCUGAUAAAACUUCAGGGUCUCCUUUGCCAUAUCUUCCUUUCAUAAUGCGCUAAAUGCUUUAAUGGGUGACAGUAAGGACUGCAGGCCAGUUUAGCACCUGGGCUGCUCUACUACAGAGCCAUGCUGUUGUAAUACAUGCAGAAUGUUUGUUGCAUCGUUGUACCGAAAUAUGUAAGGUCUUUCCUGAAAAUGAAAUUGUCUGGAAGGUAGCAUAUGUUGCUCCAAAACUUCUGUUAUUGAGCAUUAAUGACUCAACAGAUUCGUAAAACACCCAUGUCGUGGGCAAUUAUUGCAACUAGGGGUGUCCCGAUACAAUUUUUUUUUACCUCCGAUACAAUACCAAUAUUAUAGCCUUCAGUGUUGUUCGAUACCGAUAUUGAUCCGAUAUUAGCACAAACUCUUGCAUGACAAGUUUUGCACUCAGCUGCCACGUCUUUUCGAACUUUAAUGAAAAAUACUGCCACAGGGCUGACAUCACUCCUACUCUUUGUUACUUUGGUAGACACUGUUGUUAUGAUCACAUGGGCUCUACAUGCUGGUUCCGGUUGCUGCUAGAUAGAGGUGCCAGAGCAAAGUCUGGAAUGGAUCGCUUGUAUCAGAGUGCUGAUAUCGUAGAUUUUAGAUGCAGGCCGAUGUAAUCCGAUAUUUGAAUUUUUGCUGAUAUGACCAACAUCUGAUAUCAAUAUCAUAUUGGGACACCCCUAAUUGCAACCCAAUACCACUAUGGAUGCACUGAUAACAAGCUGGGUGAUCUCUUUCAUCUUUUGUCCAUUUUAAAAGGACUAAAGCCCAAAGAGGUUCUUAGGAUUUUUUGAUCAUGUUUAUAUAUAUAUGGUUUCCUUUUUCGGCACAGUAUCUGUUUGUAAUUAACCAAACUAUUGGCUCAAGCUGUCCUCACAUCUUUGCAUCUGAGAGCCUUUUUAUAUCGAGUCAUAUUACUAACCUGUUGCAUAACCCGUUAUUGUCAUGAGCACGACCACAAGGAGUUAUUAAGUUGUGGCACAAUAAGUCAAAUUGAAAUGGAAAUUGGUGAGAGAGCUACAGAAUUUUUUUAAUUCAAAUACUGAUCAUUUGUGGCAGCGACAUACAACAAUUUACUUCCACAAUAUCAUCAUUUCCCACCUCUAGUUGCCUAAUUACAUUCAUGUUAGUAAUCAAUAUUCCCUCUUGCUGCUUUCUAGUUUUAUGUCAUUUGUUCUUGUGCUAGCGCCAUCCCAGGUCAAUCAAAGAACUGCACAAAACAGGCAGCCUGCCAGCAUUUUUGUUGUAGGUGCGUCAUAGAAACACAAUGGGUACCAACUUGCUAAACGGUACCCUUUAGAACUAUUAGUAGUCAAAAGCUCCACAUCAAACCUCUAAGUGAUGAGAUGAUCUUGUAAUCUAUGAGAGAAAGUUCUGAAAUGACCUCUGGGUUUAAACCCACUCCUGAGGAUUACAGUCUUCUUUAAUAUAAAACCUCUGUACUAAGACAUUUUCAAAGGUGUAAAGAACAAAUCCCUUCACUCUCCGUCCAUGCUUCAUGUCCUGCAGUCAUUUCUUCUACUUUAAAUCCUGGAUUGGUCGAACGGCCGAAGCAGAUUUAAAUCUCCUUACUGAGAGAAGCAAUCAUCACAAAGUGAGUCAGGGGAUGAAGUGGACACAAGCAAUCACCCCUGUGGGCGUUAUUGUGUGCAGCGUGAGGAUCGUUACCUCCCUCCUGCAGAGAUGGACAGUACACAGAAGUGCAUGUGACAACACGGCAGAUGAUUGUCUCACGCUGAACUGCUCAAACGGUUGGACUGUGUUCAAAUGAGGAGCCCUUCAGCAGUGCCAGAGCAGCUCACAAAAGUGGCUUUGUUAAGUCCAAAAGAGACCGUGUUGUCAGUUAUGUGGCGUAAAACUGAAUGCAUUGUGAUGUUUUCAGAGCUGUCUAAAAAUGGGACUCAUAGUUUUUUUGAUCUGACAGCCUUCACUGCAGAAAUGAUCGGAAGCACAGAUUUUCUUGUGUCUAUCUCUGUCUUUAAAUUCCACAACAUGAGACGGACAGGUUUGCACAUUAGUGAAGAGGCUGACAGUCUACCUUAACCCUGGUUUCUAGCCCUUUUAUGCCUUUUGUAUCAUAUUUGAUACUUUUAUAUACUUCUAUCAAAUCAAUGUGAUCAACAAUUACUAAAAAGACACCUGAAUACAAUCUGAUGAAUGAUAAAAAUGUUCUUUUGUGGUUUAUCAGUUUCCAAAAACAUGUAUCAAACGAGAUAAAUAAAUAUAUUUGUUAAAUUUUAGGGACAAUUUAAUUUUUUUUUUUUUGUUUGUUUUUCAGUAGUAAGUGAAAUAGACAUUUCAGCCACAAAAAAUGGAAUUUUCUGGCCAUAAUUUGGGGUUUCAGGCAUUAAAGGUUUAAAGUGGCUGGGAAUUAGUUGGAGUCAGCAUUUACAGGUUGGCAACGCCCAUGUUUUGGCUUCAUAAUGCGUCCACUUCCAAAUCUCCUUUUAUGCCAACCAACCAAGAGCAGAGCCAGGGAGUGGUCAGCCAGCCCUGAAAUCCAGUUGGCUACCCCAGUGGCCACCCUAAAAUCCUCAACUAUGAUUGGCUGUUUGCUGUGUCAGCUACAGGCCUCAAAAAUCAACCUGAGUUACUUUUCAAGGUUGAAAAAUAUGCAUGGGAAAAUAAUUCACUCCUCAAUUGAGCACUGGUAUGAAAAUCAGUGUUUACAGUGUACAAAGCAGGGGGAGUAAGUGGACUGUAAGUGUUGAUAUGAAUUAGCAUACAGUGAGUGAGUGAAUCAUCCGCUGCCUGUGUUCGUCUGACCUGUGCGUGACUGUAUUGGUCACAGUGGUCCCAAUUUGCCAGCUGAUGAGUUUUUUUUUUUCCAAUGACUCCAUGUGGGGCAGCCAAUGUGUUGAUGCGAGCAUGAGGCCACUCAGCAGCUCGCACUAACACUGUUGCAGCCUGGCUAUAUCAUCCUCUGCUGUACAUGUCAGCGCUUCAGGACUCAUCAAAUCUUUGCCUCCACUCUCUGUCCAGCAGCUCCGACAUGAUGCUCAUUCCUUUGGGCAUGCUCGACAAGUUCUCUUUGUCUCCACUGACCAAACACAUUUUAGGAAGGGUAAGCUUUACCGUCCUUUAACUUUGAUCUGAGAGGAGUUUAGCUUCAUGUUUAUGAUGUGUGUGCAGGUGCGGGGUAUUCUCAAGUUCAGUAAUUAGAGAUGGUACCUGGUCUUGAGUGGCCUGGCCUGUGUUGCAGAGAGGUAACCUUAGACAGAUGUUAGCUGGCAGGUGGUUUCUUUAGACAUGAAUGGCUGUGUGUUCUGUAAUUUUGUUUGGAUAUUUGCCCCUGAACAGCUACUUAUUGAAAUAUACAAGUUCUAGUGCACAGAAGGCAAAAUUUUAAAUACUUUAUAUACUCAUUUCCAAUGUUUGCUUGAUAUUUGGACCUCAGUAUCUCUAACUCAGACCAGCAACUAUUGUUUUACUUGCAUCAACAUCAUGUUUUAUGAUUAUACUUAUACCUUUUAAGUUGGAAAAGCCAGAACAAACACCGAAAUGUGCUUAUGUUACCUCAUUAGUGCGGGCAAUGUGUAGAUAAUGAGAAAAAUAAGCCAAGAUCAAAAGAAACCAAAUGGAAACUGCUUGUUACCACAGGAAAACAGAGUACAUAAACUGUAUGGAUGCAUGUCUAUUAAGGACUUCCUUUCAUUUCAUUUGAUGUCCUGCCAAGAGUUCUGCAUAAAAGGUGUUUACAGUUUUGUGACCGUGUGGUGAACGAAAGUUUAGACCACCAGCUGGUUAGUGUAGCUUAGUAUACAUAGUCAAAACAGGAGAAAGCAGCUAGCCUAACAUGACUAAGAAAACUAGCUGAGCAUUUUAUCUUUCUACUCCAAACAGCUUUAGAGACUUGGUGCUAUGAGCGAUCAGUCCAAACAGCAACUUUAAGUGUUGAAAAAUGGGGCCAUUGUAGGAGUGCAAAAAACUGCAGUACGAUCAGGGUCCAAGGACCGUGAGACUGGAGCCAUAGGCGAAGGAAACACAAUAGUUUAUAUAUUUAAAUGUCUUUCUAAACAUAACUAAGUGUGGCUGGUUUGACUGACAAGUGGGCAUGUUGCAGGGAUACGUGCUAAAUGGUCUAAAGGUAAGAAAUUUAACAUGGUUCAACACAAGAUCACAUAGUCUGCUGGUAAACAUUAAAUUGUUCUGCUGGGUGUGGCUAACAUUAGCAGAGCUAGCACCACCAUCAGCGAAAAGGUUGACCAUACGUCAUCUUUUACCCGGACAUGUCCUCUUUUUUGGGGGGCUGUCCAGGCUUGUCCGGGGAAGUUUAUAAAAUCCUUCAAAUGUCCGAGGCUUUGUACGGAACUUUUGAGUUUGUGUCACAUGAACUUACUGAGUUAGAAGUAAAGUUAGUUAGUAAGUUAGUUAGUAAAAGACACUCGAUUCGACCCGAAAAACCUUCAAAAUCAACUUUGUGCGAAUCCUAGACUCCAGAAUAUGUUCACCCUACUUUUAGCUGCCUACUAUGUAAACUAUGCUGUCCACAGUCAGCCCAGAAAAAAGCUUGUUUAUGUUUUAGUUUAUUUGACAGGGACAGAACAAACCCAUAAACAUCAGUUUAUCAUACACUAAAUGUCUUUGGGAGGUAACACAGGCAGAUUUACCACGAGUGUCAUUAUUAUCGUGUCAGCUUUACUGUUCAGACUUUAAACUUAUUCUCAAAUACGAAAUGAUCUUUUCCUGGUGACAGGGUCAUUUACAGUAUGAACAAUCAAAUAUCUAAACUUGUAAAGUAGGAGAUUGUGCUCUCUCUUCUCUCAGCUUUACAGUAAAAACCAUCCCACAGGACGAUGGGGAAGGAGAUUUAUUUCUUCCAGGGAAAUUGAAAAAUUUAUCCAUCUCAUUCAUCGAGCACUCGAGGGCCUCUAAGGGGAGUUUAAUUUGUGUAAUAGCGUUCUUGGCAGGGCAGAAUGCACUUGAAAGGGCUUUUCUGACAGAAAUCUAAUGAUCUAAUUGUGGUGUAUGUCUGCUCAUUAGUGAUCCUUUUAAGUUUUCUAAACAUCAUUUGUGUGACUCUUGGCCUCUUUUAAAAGCUCUGACAGAAAACAAAAACACUGUUGAAUAUUGUUUGUGUCUUUAGCGAGUUGCUGCGGGGUAGAGUCAAUCAAUUAUCCUCGGUAUCUGUCCUUGUUUUGUCUUGUGUUAUAAAGUCGUCAUUGUUAUUAUCUUGUAUUGAUGUGAAACAGACUAUCUCAUGAUCCGGAGUGUUUGACACAGCAGUGUUUGGCAGAGUGGAGGAUGGUUUCUGACUGUUUGCUGUAAUUGGCCACCAUGGAGUCUCAGCAGUAUGAGGAUUGGUUACCUGUGGAUGUCUGAUUUUUACCACCGAUCUUUUAAGGAGCAGCGAUGCCUUACAGUGUAAUAGACACAGGAGGGUUUAAACACCAUCUCUGAAUCAGCAUUCAAUCAGUACAAACACGUUGAUAUCUCCUGUGAAGGCAAAUUAGUUUAAUUUGUAUAAAUGUUGGCACCUCCUGUGGACGAAGCCAUUUGUACAUGAGUAAUUUCUUUUCAUUUCAUUUUGCUUUCUUCAACAUGGAUCAUUCAUUGAGAAUUUUGUGCAUAGAACAUUAGACCUUAAAUAUUCCUUUACAGAAAUAGUCUCUCUCGUUUUUUGCUUUUGCAGGUCAAAAAGAGACAUUAAUAUUAACUGCAGCCCUUUUAACAACCAUCUAAAAACUCCUUAGGAGCUUUGAGAGUCUUUGUAAAAUUUAAAAGUAUUGUUUAUUAAACUAUAAAAUGUGAAUGUGAACUACGUUUGUUGAUAGACUCAGUUACAAGCCAAAUAACCAAUCCCAAGUGAACAAUCCCAUUAAAAAUGACCUUAACUGACUCCAGUUGCACAGCCAGUCCAAAUACUUUAUACCAUCUAUCAAGAGACAACACGGAGAAGCUGCUGGCAGUGUCUACAGUCAUUAUUUGUUGAUUUACUUUAAUCAGUUCUGUGAGCAGAGGCAUCGACUGACACCAAUUAUUUCAACAUGCCAUUAUUAGUCAGUCGAUCUCUGAUUCUGCAUUUAGGAAUGAAGACACGUUUCAGAGGGGUAUUGGUUUCACUUGAUUGUCAUUAAAUGUUUUACAGAGAGUAUCACUGAUUCAUUGUAGAGUUGUAACACUGGAACGAUGGAGUUCACCAAUAGUGACUCCUGAGUUACCCUUUAGGGAAGGAAACAACCGUCUGACUGUAUCGCUUCCUUCCUGUAUAUAACACAUCACAAUGAUGUAUUGAUCCGCCUUCGUGGUACUAUUACCGUACGUCGGUUUUGAAAGCUGUCCUUGUUGGCCUUUGUGCGCCUGUCAGAGCGAACGCCUGCUGACGUCACUGGCUGCAUGUAUACUGAUCGAUAAGCCAAAGGCAAUGCCAGCGCUCAUUUCCCAGCGUGGGCAGAGAAAGAAGACAUCGAUCUGUCAAAUCCCAUUCAGAGUCCAUUGAAAGAGGGCUGAUAAUUACUGAGGGCAGAGAAGAAUCCUCUCCUAUCAUUACAUUAUAGUAAUUACACAAAUAAAGCAAGUAAUCUGGAGUAAAGCUUGAUUUGCUUUUGUUAAUUUGACAUAAUGGAUAAAGUGAAAGCCUUGUAGGGGCUUUUAGCGACAUUACACACAUUGAACAGUAAACUUAAACAUGCAGGCUUCAGCAUAAAAACUGGCAGAGAUAGCUGAAAUUAUACUAGUCGAUAAAACAUGCAGUCAAUUAACUUACAUUUUUAUUUAACAACAUUUUACAGAAAUUCAGAGUAUGCUCACAUCCUCCUUCUGUGUUUUCUUCUUGACUUUGGUUUUCUAGCAGGCUGAUGCAGUUAUGCAAAAGUCAUUUUUAGUGAGCAAUCAGAGACGCCAGAUCACACUUCCUGAUCAACUGUCAUCACGCCCAGCAUGCUGAGGUUUUGGCCUCCAGGGCUGGACUUAAUUAGAGCCUGAUUUUCACCUUCAUUUACCUUGACCUCCUGUGGCACAGCAGGGUUUAGAUUUGACCACACACUGUGAUUUCUUUAAGUGCUAAGGGCAAAUACACCCAAAUUCACUUGUUUGGGGUUCUAAUCUGAAAAUCUGAUGACUCUUGGAAGUCCUUUUGUGUCCCAAACUAACAAACUCAGGGUCUUAGGCCAGUAGGAGACAUCUAAUAAGCCAAUGCUGUUAUUCUUUCUGUGCAUAAACUCAUUCUCAUAAAAAGCUUUGUGAUCUUAUUUAGUUUACUAAUAAAUCAUUUAUUUAACUUAAAUUUAAAACAAUAAACAGUUUAGUCCAAGUCCAGGCUGGUUUCCUUUAAGACCAGAGUCCUACUUGAGUCCUGAUGACUCAGACUUGUACUCAAGCACUAAUAAAGACUGUUGUAAUGUUUAGUCUUCUAUGCAAGGCCCUGAUAGUUAAUUCAGUUUAGAGAGAGGGCUGUUGUUAUGUGCAUUCAUCUGCAUGGCUGUUCAGUACAAACGCUGUCCUGUCCAGCUACUUGGAUAAAGAAACGCUUUGAAUUUUGCUUUUUGCUUUCAAAGUAUAAAGAUGUGUAAUUCUAGGUUAGUCUUCAAGAAGACUUUAAAAUCUAGAAUUAUCAGUGGCUACAAGUAUAUGCUCUAUUGUGCUCUGAUGCUCUUUUGUGAAUUAUUAGUUUAAUCUAUGAUGAUAUACAGGAUAGGUCAAUAUAAGCCCUGGGGGCUUCAGGCUAUUCCUUUUUCGGUUGCUGUCUGAAAGACUUUUUUAUAAACAUGAUUUUUAGUCUCAUUUUUUUAUUUUUAAACCGAAAUAAUGCAUUCAUUUAUUCAUUCAUAAAUGUUACAGAAACUGUGGGCAAGAAAAAGCAACAUGUUGGAUAUGUAGAAAUCAUCAAGUAAGAGAAAAAAUGUAUUAUGUUUCUUUGGGCGAGCUAACAGUAACACUAGCCUCUUAAAAGAUCACCAACGACAUUCAGCCAAUAGUUUAGAGUGACUACAACACUUGCCCCAACAUAUUUACCAGAACUACAGACCAUUUCAUGCGCUAGACCAUAUCGUACAAUAUAUGCUUUUGCUUUUUGCCAGAAGACUUCACCCUGUCACUAGGGAAAGCGCUAAAAGUUUUGACUUCACUACUGAGGAGCUGCUGUGCCUUCCAUGAUUUCAUACUCUGUACGGUAAAAAAUAAACAGUAUUUGUUGAGUCAAUCUUUAAGCUUCAAUAUGUAAUUUUUCUAAUGGUAGGACAAAGCUAAAGCGAGCAUGUCUUUAAGCAAGCUGUUUAUAGCUGCCUAUGGAAAAAAGCCUUUGAUCCCCUCACUUUAUUUACUGCGUGUCGGUUAAAUUUAUUUUCGUCUCAAAAUUACUGUAAGUCUAUCGUUUAUUUCAUACAUUCAUUUUUGUAAAGACACCAUUUAAUUUAUUGGUCCUGCUCCACAACAGCUGGAUGCUAAGCUGGUUUUGUCAUAUCAGACAACCAAAGGGUUUACUGAUGCACCAGGACUUAGAACCAUUGUCCUGGUGAAAUGAGGAUAACCAUCCCAGUGUUUGCCACGUGCCAAGCACACGCCCUGGAUGAUAAUCCUCAGAAAGGGGUUAACCCAGAUCAAACACAAUAUAAUCCAGGAUUUAGUUUGGGCUGCCCAGAAAACAUUUUCUUUCCAGUGAAAAAUACAAAUCUGGGCUUUAAGUGGAAUGUUGAACAAAGCUUAAGGCUUGUAGUUUUAGAUGUAUGAUGUUACAGGUUGGAGCAGAGAAGACUUCUCAGCUCUUUUACUGCAGUGAUAUCGCUGCAUUCCUCCCUUGGCUCCUGUUUUAUAACCGGAACGCUGUCAUGAGUUAUGGUUAUACUUUAUGAACUCAUGACUCAGCUUCCAGCUAAUGUUUUGACUCAUGUUUUACCGCUUUAAUCAGAUAUUUGACUCUCCCAGCCUACAUGGGAUCUGACGUAAGAAACACACAUCACAGCUCUGGAGUGUCUGAUGUCUGAUCGGUACAGUAACCACCAACGUGUCGUACAUGUGUACCAGCUGCAUCACACUUGAGCUCUGACUGGUGAUAAAAAUCAGUCAACCUUUUAGAUAAACACAUUUUCUAACUUUUCCCUCAUGAGUGUAAAAAUCUUUGGUCUUUUUAUUCUGCUGAGUAACUUCCUGCCUUCUCCUUUCUAAUAUUUAGGUAAAAAACAGACAAAAUCCUGUGCGGUGGAGUGACCGAACGGAAAGUUUCGAUGGCUUCAGUCGCCUUGAUGAUGAAAGCAAAUAUGGCAUUUCGUCAAUGUAGUGAACAUAAUUACUUCCUGACGUUUUCUGGUCUCAGCAGCAGCAUGUGUUGAGACUAUACAGUGAGGUGAAAUCUUUGAGCCCUCCUCGCCUCUUUAAGGCAAAGUGGAACACAUGUAAACUUCUCAGAUCACACACUCGCACACAGACAUAAAAAGCUUCUGCAGCUGCUUUUGGUGCUUUCUGGAAUUUCCAGGUCGGCCCUGUUGGCCAGAGAUCUUACUUCCUAACUGGCUGUGUGUGUGUGUGUAAAGCAGAGAGAGUGUGUAUAUGUGUGUGUGGGAGGGGAGAGGGGUGAGGGGGGCUUGUUUUUGGGGGCUGGAGGACGGUCGCGGUGCUCUGAAGGAGUGUUCUCCCAGCGUGGGAAAGACGCUCGUCGUUUCUCUGCCUCUCAGGGAUAAAGUAGGCCAAAGACUGGCUACACAGAGAGACCAACUUUUCUACAAAUUUCUCUGCUCAAGUUUUUCCCCCACUGGAGCAGGAACGAGAGGCUUUUUAAGAGCGAAUCAGCCGGGCUGGUGGGAGUUCUUGAGCUCUGUGAGGAGAUGGACAGCAGCUGAGGAGAUUUUUCUCCCAGCCGGGCUGAACAGCAGACACGGGUAGGGAAGAAAUGUAUCACUCCGGCAGUGAGGAGUCAGAUCUGGUAAGUUUGAGUAAACAUGCAUUCUGCCUCUCACAAAGUCUUCUUUCACACUCCUCUGAGCCAAACACGGCAACAACCCUCACUGUUCUUCUUCUCCACUCUCUGAACAAAGAGGAAGGACUCAGACUGCAGGAGAAUGGAGGUUAUUAGUGCAGGGUUUAAAAGGGGCGUAAUCACACACUUCCUAUUUUUCUCCCCUGUAGCUUUUCCUGAAAGUUUGUGACAAUCUCCUGGACUGUGUUGCACGAAAGAAGAAGCUGGUGAAGCAUCUUUUUACGAGUGUUCGAGCGUGGUUGAUGCCAGAGCUAGCUUAGAGUGAGGAGCUGAGAGAGCAGAGAGAAGAAUGAAGAAGUGAGCAGCCGGGGGAAGCUUUUUGCUUCAUGUACAGAGACCGGCAGAGAACAUUAACUUGGCUGUGAUUUAGAGCAAAAGUUUGUCUGUUUGCCAAAUGACCUAGUUUUUACAGACUGUUUUAAAAUGUCGCUUCAGGGCUGAAUUGAAGUGAGCGUCAGGAGUGUAAAUCAUGUCUGUGUGAGUUUAAAGAUACUAUAUCAAACAUUUCCCAAUAUUUCCAUGUAAUAGUAAUUAGACAGUCACAAAGCUUCAAAUGUUUGUUAGAAAGCCCAUGAAAAAAAAUUUAUCUAAAAGUUGUUCAAACCUGCAGACAUUUGUUGCGAGACACAAGUGGAAGCACAUUAGGGGUGGGAAUCACUAGUGGCCCCACGAUACAAUACGAUAUCAUUGCGAUAUAUAUAUAACAUUAAUAUAUAACAGCAGUACAUAUUAACAAUUAAUUUGAAAAAUCGAUACUCGGUAAAUGAGAUGAUACGAUAUAUCACCAGACAAAAUAUCGCGAUACUGUGAUGUAUUGAUUUUUUCUCCCACCUCUAGAGCACAUGUGUAUGAGGCUAAUUUGAAAGCAAAAUUAUGCAUUAGGUAUAUUUGGAAUAUUUUAUGACUUGUAAUGAUGCAGCACUGGGGAUUAUAUCAGGUGCUGGGGUCUGAAUAUGUCACAUUGAUAUGUGAUCCAGAAUUGAUGCCAGAUACGAUCAGGAAAAUUGGUCAAGAAAAUGGAAUCUGGUGCUCUGCCUCUUUACCUGAAAGUAUUGUAAAAUUUAAAAUUUAAAGCGUUGCAAUGUUGUCUAUCAUUCUUCUUAAUGUAGAUAUGUGAAGAACUAUCUGAUUAACAUGUCUCUGAGGCCGAUUUAUUUUGGUCUAAGAAAACUAAUUCCUCACAAACACAAAGAAGCAGCUGCUUGAUUAUACAGUCUGUUCAGAACACAGUGUAAGGACCUGCUGUUUAUGUAACUUCUAUCACACUCAUACUCUUUAAAUAUAAAGAAAAUACACAACCUUUAGGUCAAGCUGUGUAUUUGCAGUUCUACAUAAAAAACAUUUGCCCUUUUGGUUACCAUAAGAAAAUUAUUAGCUGUCUUUGACACUUUGCAAGUUUCCUUUUACCAGACGCUUUUAAAUUACGCAAUCUGCAUUAUCUUUACAAGCAGCUGUAAUAUGUAGAGUGAGAUUUUCUACCAAAAAAUGAUGCAAGCAAAAGGAAAAGACCUUCAGUAAUUGAGCUGAAGGGAGUGAGGUCAGCUAACUGAGACAUUUUUAUCCAUUUUUGUUUCUUUUUAAUGACUUUAUUGAGCCAGCAUUGUUUGCACUUUGGUAAUAAAAGGCAAUAAAAGAGAUAUCUGGUUGUGAGUGCUCAGGAUUUCAACAUUUCUUUCCAUAGUAUUAAAAAAGAUGCUAAAAUUAUUAGAUUUUUACCCAAACUGUAUCAGAGAUUCAAAUUCUGGCAUCAUGACAAUCUGAGUUCCCUCGAGAGAUUUUUGUUUUAUAUCUCUGAUGUUUGGGAAACCCCUGUGUGGCCACAAAAUCCAUAUCACAUAAAUCACAAAUUUAGCCAGGAAUUGGUCCAGGGUGGGUAAUUUAUCUCUGUUAGAAAUAGAUAAAUGAAGCUGAAAUCAUUUUACUCCAGCACAUUGGUGUGUUUUGCUCCACUGAAGACGCUUAGCAGCCUCUUUUGCUCUCUUAGCCUGUUCUCAUCAAUCAGCCCGCUUCAUACACCAGGAAACUGCUAGAAUAUUGAUGACGCAAGCAUGAAAUAGCAGCACAGAGCAGCCCCCCGGCCUCUCUCACUGUAUCCCCUUGAUCUGCCAUCAUCCUAUUAUGGUGCUGUGUGUCCACCGAGGGACCAGAGAGCGAAGGAGCUGCUAGAUCAAGUAGAUCUCACUGUGAGGGGGAUUCUCUGUUAAUAAGAGUGAUGUCUCUCAGGGGACUGCUCCUGCUGUAUGCAGGUAAGACACACCAGAGGGGAAGGAUUAGCACAUCAUUUACAGUUUUAGGGUCACCCUGUGUUUGUCUUACCAUAAUGGGGCAGGGAAUUAAAAAGUGCAAUGAAGCAGCUGCAUGUUUAAUUCCAAAUCAACACAAAAUAUUGCUUGAGAGAGUUUAAUUAGAAUCCCAUUUUGAGUAAAAGUUCACCAAAAAUGAUGUACCAAUAUUAAAGUUACUACUUUGAUCCAUCAUUAAAUACCUCAGCAACUUAUCUAGGGCUGGGCGAUAUGGCGUCAAAUCAAUAUCACAAUAUAUUGAGCAGUUCACCUCAAUAACGAUAAAUGGACGAUAACUACUCCACAAGCUGCUCACCCCCUCCAACAUUAACUUAGUCUACUUCAGCCGCUACAACUUUUGAACUGUCUUCCAUCUCCUCCCCUGUCUUUCCCUCUUUGUUAUGGACUGGAUGGGGUGGAGUCACAUCUCCGACGUAGAACAGUAUCUUAAAGGGACAUGAGACCAUAGCCUACCUACACAUAUCCCAAACCAACUUUUAUUUAUUUUUUUGACACUGAAUAUACCAAUAUGGGCAAAAUGACGUUGGUUAUUGUCAUAGAUUUCGGUAUCUGUAAAUUUUCAGUUUAUCGUCCAGCCCUAAACUUUCCCAACAUUUCAAUGAAAUAUAGCUGAAAGAUAAAUACUUCCAGGAUGAGAAAUGCUGCUGAGUUUGGUGAGUUCCUGGCUUAUUUAGCACCACCAAAAAAAAACUAUUUAAUAUCCACUGUGAUAAGAAGAUAAAAAAAGAGUUAGUUAAACGUUUGAUAUAAAAGAAUCUGCAGGAAGAGUAUAUUUGAUUCCUCCAGUAUUUUAUCUGUCACCAAAUAACAAUUGGUUGUAUGUUGGAUGGUGUAAACACUGUUGGUUUUACAGCUCUGAAUCUUUAACGUUUUCAAUACGAUAGCUUCCAAACUCAACUCGCCGUGGGAGUUGAUUUCUGGGUUUUUUGCUAGUGACUGGGCACUGGAGGAUCACGUGACAGCAGCCAGUGAUUCCAUCACCUCAAUUGGGAUGAUGCACUUAUCUAAUGCACUGGCACUGGGAAUGCUGGGUAAACACUUUUUUCAUAGGCCUGUCAGUGUCACCUUGACGGUCAUGCAUCCCACCCCCCAUACUACAGCAGUGGGAUCAUUACUCCUCCCCCUCUUCAGUACACUUUAUUAUCCUGUCACAGACAGACAGCGUCUAUUUCUCUUUCACUUUCUUGCUCACUCGGUUUUCAUGCCUCUGCCCUGACUUGUGUAUCAGUAACCAUCCCUCGUAGCGGUCUUUGCUGUCAUGUCUUCUCUCAUUGUCUCCCUAUGACAGAGGAGUUGCCGGUUGUACACCGACGAUUUGAUUGACUUUGUGUUGCUCUGAGUGAAGUGGCAGUGAUAGACAGAUGGCUUGAAAAAGAGGCUUUGGUUCUGGCCAAGAAUGAGUCAGUCUGAGCUCAACACUCACUCAGCCUAUUGUCAGCCCGCUGCAGUCAGCUACAGUCCAUCAGCCAGAACCAAACAUGUCCUGGCACAAGCAGAAUCUUCAGUCCUCAAUCAGGAUGCAUAAUGUGAGGUAAACUGCGCAGAUCGACUACACCACCCUCGUUAAAUUUACCUCAGACACUUGACUGAACUUUUGCUCUUUUUGAUAGCAGGUCUACAUUUCGUGCAAAAUUCUUUUUGUUUUAUAGUUCAGAAUAGAGUGAGCAAACUUUGCAUAUUGCACAACCAGAUCUCUCUGUUUUAAACUUAUUGUAAAUCAUAGCCUAUACUUGUUUUUAUCAUGAGAAAUCUUUCCUUUUCCAUAUUCAAGUUCUAGCAUUAAAGUCCCACUCUGAUCAUAUUUUUUUUUACUACUUAAAGUUUUAUCAGUGGUCUAUAAAUUGUGAUUAUAAAGUUUUAAGCCAAAAUCGAAUUACUUGUGUCAUUUUCAAGCAAUUUUCAGCAGCGCUCCAGUAGAUCAUUAGCAAUUCACCUCCGAGUCAUGAGCGGAGACAGCGCUGCUCUGCACAUUCCUCUUUAUGUUAGCUUGUAGCCUAACAUUGCCUGUACAGCAGAAGAGACAGGUAACAUAGGAGCUAUUCAGCUCUCAGACACCAAUGUCUUCGGGGAUAUGAUGAAAGCUAAUAUCAUAAUUAACUUUCUUACGAGCAUUGCAAUCCGCUAACGCACACGCUUGUUCUGUAAUCAUCCCCUAUUUCUCCAAGUGUGGCCUGCAUAGCAGGGCUCCGGGGGCGGAGCUUGGAGUUGUGAUGUAGGAAAUCUCACUGUAUCUGAACCUGCCGUUUGGGUCUGCCAGAGAUUCACAGCAAUUUGAAUACAGAAAUACUCAGAAAUGCAAUUCCUCACUUAGUUUUCUCAUGAUGUAGCAUCAGAAAAAUGCCAUAUGAUCAUGUAAAAAACAAGAAAAACACAUGAUUUUCAUUAAAGUGGGUCUUUAAGAAGUUGCAUGAGUAACAGUCACCAAAAAAGCUGGGAUUUUUUUACAGCACAUUUGAUGAAGUUAUUGACUCUUCUAUUUUCUGCCAUCUCUAAAAAUAGUUGUCUGUGCAGUACGUCAUAGGAACAGGCAGGAUAUUGGUCAUAAAGUGCAUAGGUCCAUGUGGUUUCAAGUGCCAGGGAUAGAAAAUGCUGGUGAUGCACCCAACUGACCAUAAAGAUAAGAAGGUUAGAGUCAUUUGUUAUCCUGAAGAAGAUGAGAGUGGCAGAGUGAAAGGUCAGCACAGGACUGAAGUACAGAAAAAAACGGUGAGAGAGAAAGUGAAAAUUUAAGAAACAGGUGUUACAGAAUAUUCUCAACUGUGCAGAGGGAGAGUUGACGCAAAUGACAGCAAAGAGAAAGAGUCUUACUACGUCAAGGAAUUGAGGGAAAGACGGUAAGACUUGGCAAAGACUCCUCUACCGUCAGAGCGCUUCAUGGUUCACAUGCACUGAUCUCUUUGCAUGAGUGCUGCUCUAUUUUUACAGCGGAGACAUACGGAGAAUACAUCCUAUAGCUGCUAAAAAUGAAAAUAGCAGACUCUGAUGUCGAUGCAUCAUCCACUUUAAGUGAUUCUGUCAGAUGCAGUAGGCAGCAGUGGUUGACUCACAGCCCCCAGUUUCAAUGUGGUAAUAGCCACAGUGAUUUGUGAUGUUGUAAUGUAAUGAUCGCCAUGCCACUGCUGUGUGUAGAGGUCACUGGUGGUCUCACAGCAAUGACCCCUGUCCAAAUGAAUCAAUGAGAUCAGUAUAGGGACCACAGCACCAUUGCCCUUUCAAUUUCCUCUGUUCAUCUCUCUGUCUGUGGACACAGCAGGAAGACAGCCAGCUCAGACACACAGUUCUGUUUGCCUGCUCUGCUUACAAAAGGUUGCCAGUGCAGAUUUGGAGUCCCUGUUUCCAUGGCAUUGAUUGGACAGUUAAAGAGGACACAGUUUUAGUCCAGAACUGAUAUCAGAACCAGGCCAUGAAAGCAAAAAGGGAAACAAUCAGAGCAGAAGGUGCACCAGCCCAGAGUGACAACCCAUUAAAGAUCGGUGUGAAAAUGUUUGACACAAAGGAUGACCUUUUGAAGUCAUUUUAUGGGUAUUAAGAGUUACUUAUCCUGUUCCUGUGCUUAAGUUAUUCCAUCCAUAUAUGGGGAAUUUUUGGCAGCCACUGUGGACAAAUUGGCACAUCUUACCUCUUUGCUGUUAUUGUCCUGUAGCUAAUGCAUAACUAAGAAAACCUCAUGCUUCCUCUUUUUAGCUUUCUGUCUUUGCAUGUAAACAAAGGCUAUAUCACUUCGUCUGAGACCGCCCAAACAGCAGCAGUGACAAGCAUUGAAUAAAUAAUGCAGACAUGGUUGAUCCUCCUUGGCUUGUUUGCUUUUGCUGGUCACACAGAGACACUUGUAAAAAAAACUACAACCUGUCCAAAACCAGCCAAAUAUCCUCAUCAGAUCAUUUUAGUUGCAUUAAAUUUCCAUUACUGUCAUUUCUAAACACAGAGUCUUGGACUUGGAGGUGCGCCUUUAGCCUUUUGCAAACAUAGUGACUCUGCUGUACAGCUUCAAGGGGGUUUCUUGGCUCUUGGAGGAGGAGUUGCAAUUUUCUGAAUGUCUGCUUUGGCUCCAUAUAUAACCUGCAGAUGAUCUUUUUACAAGGUCCCCUCAUGUUGAAAAUGCACCAAUGUUGUAAACGUCAUUUUUCUAGAUAUAAAUUAAUUAUUUAGCUUAUCUUACUGCAGCAGUAGCAACGGCAGCUGUGAUGUCUGCAUUUUUUUCCUUACAUGUGGUUUCUGCUGCAAAAGUCUUCUGAUUAAAAGGAGAGGUGCUGAGAAUUUCAGCAGCGACAUUGAACUCAGUUCAUUCUGCACAGAUAAAACAAAAGUAAUUGAUUGAUUGAAGGUUAUUUUGAGCGUAUAUGAAAAAUAAUAAUAAAAAUGUAAAGAAUACAACAACAAAUGACAAAAAGUUAUUCAAGUUCAAAAUGGAGUGGGAAGAAGUCGAGACUUAUCUCGUCCCACCCCUUUUCCUACGCUAAUGGUUUAAAUAUAUAUCAUAAUAUUAUAUAAUAAUUUUAAUCAUCAUAGUAAUAAUAGCAAUAAAAUAAUAACCACAGUGAAAAUAACAAAACAACAACAACAACAAAACAGUGAUAAUAAUAAUAAUUGUUACUAUGAUUGUACGUCCCUGUAUCCCAUGAAAACAUACUCUUUAUAUCCGCAUAUUCUUUAUCUUUAGCUAGCUACUAUUCGUGGCAGCUCAGCUCCCAGCCUCCUCCUGAGGACAUUUAAUAUUAACCAAAGUGUACUAAAGCCAGCUGUAGGUAAAAAAAAUUGCAGUCUAACGUGUUUUGAUAAUCGUCUGAUGACAAAUCUUGACACAGACAGGGUUUCUUGUUUUUGAAUCUCAGUGUGUGCUGGUUGAGCUCGAAAAUAUUGUACCUCUCCUCAUGGAUCAAAGCAGUAUCAUGCUGCUGUUAGAUUAUUAUUAGUGGCCCGUGUGUAGGUGACACAACGCUGUCAGUAUGAGUGCAGCAGCAGGUCUAGAGGUCGGUCAAGUCAGGCAGCCGGAGGCUUGUUCUGUCUUGGUGAGUCUUUGUCAGUAUUGCUGGUGGAGUGCGGCUCUUCACAGCUCUGUAAGUCCACGGUCAGAGCAUCUGUGCCCUCUAUUAUCACAUAUGUGACCCUCAUUUCUGUAAGGACAGGCAAAGUCAUGGAUUGGUUUGUUGUUUAAAAGGAUUUUCUUACCUACUGCUCCCAUCCAUCUCUACUCUAAACAUAAUCCACCUCAAGAAAUGGCUUCCUCAAUAAACUAAUUGGUCUUAAUGAGCUACAAUCAUAUUACCCUCCCCCAGCUUUCCUUUCAUGUAAAAGUGUCAUUUUUGUAUGCACGUGGCGUGUUAUAGAGACCCUGAGCAGAUGGAGGCGUGUCAUUGAUUGGUUAUGAUAAGCUUCACUGAUUAGCAUGUCAUCCUUUGAUCUACAGUUAGAGCUCCUCAGGGAGUCACUGUCGGCCGUAAACCAGCGAGCCCGCUUCGACCGCUGCUCCCAUGAGCAGACCCCCCUGACUUCUCUGACCCCACACAACCUCAUGACAGGUCAGACGGAGGAGCAUCGUGCGUCAUCAGCGCACAGUAAAGAAAGAUGGGGACAUCUUAAAUUAUACUUCUGCAGGGAUUUACUUCGGUUAUUCCUUUACGAGGACGGGAAAUUUUUAAUUAACGCCGUAAUUAUUCUCAUUUGUCCUGCGUGGCUUUGUGAUGCUUCGCUCACUUGUAAUGAAAUGAAGCUGAUCUGAAGGGAGAGGAUUUAGAGCAGCUUUCACCUCAGAGUCCCAAACGGUGACGCCAGAAUGACAAAGACAUAAUUUUUUAAAAUAGCUACAGGAACAUUUUACCAGCUAUCAAUUUAAAAUAGAGUGAAAAAUGCUGUUUUUUUUUAGUUUAACUCACUGUUCUUGCUUUUAAAGUAGCACAUGGAAAGAAAAGUGUAAAUUAUUUAUCUUCUUUUCUUUUCUACACUAAAUAAGCUGCCAGUCUCCUGAGAAGAUGGGAGGUGUCUUUUUUUAAAUCGCUAUAAACGGCUCAUAACAGGACGAAUCUAAAAAGAGCAAAACAGCAUGCUCGGUCCACUCAUCAACAGUAUCCAUAACACAUGCGCUGCCCAGUGCUGAUCACUGCAGAGCAGAUGGACAGACUGUGAGGGGUAACUGACGAGGAGAAAAAAAGAGGGGAGUGACAGGAGAAAGAGAAGGAGGGGUGGAUGGGUGGGUGGGUAGAGACAGAGACGGAGAGGCAGAAUCUGUGAAGGAGUCUGCAGGACAAACGCUCACAGGCUGAGACACAGAGAGUGAGAGGAGAGCGAGCGCAGCACCUGAACGGAGCAGCUUCAUUAGCAUCACGAGGAGAGACGCUCACCAGCAGCCGGAGAGGGACUCAUGUAGAUAAAACUGCUGUAUUCUGGAGCUUUUGGAGCAGCACGGAGGAGGAGGAGGAGGAAGAGACACGGUGAAGGAGCUUGAAUGAAGAGCAUCACUGCCACUUGACUCAGUCUGAGAGUCAGCCUCAGUCUCAGCACCUGCAGGUCUGAGCACUCCGGCUACCAAGGAGACUGGAGCAGAGUGGGAGAGAGCUGCUGAGAUUAUGCGCGGGGCACAGAGCUCCUGUGGAUUCCCCGUCUUCGGCAUCGCCAGCAGCAGUAGCAGCAGGAGGAGCAGGAGGAGCUGUGGCUCUACAGAUAGCAGCAGAGCUAGCUGGAGCUGCAGCAAAACAAGGAGCGCUCACUCCAACGCUUUUUAUCCACCUCAAAAUGAAUGUAGCACUCACAGCAGACAAGGUGUAACAGCAACCAGCAGCGAAUGUUGCCACCGUGUUGAUUGUACCUGUAGCCGGAGCAGCGCUGGCGGAGAGGUGAUCACAGCGGUGCAGUCAGGUGGAGUUGUAGCAGCAGCAGUGGGGGGCAGUGGCUCAGGACACUGAAUGACCAGUGUGGCUGAUGAAGGCCACCUGGAUCCGCUUGCUGAAACGAGCCAAAGGAGGUCGCAUCAAGAGCUCCGAUGCCUGUGUAAGCACGCUUUGAGUUUGUUUACAACGCCGAGAGAUUCUUGUGUUUGCUCCUGUGCAUGUUGUGGAGUAAGUUUGUGUGUCUCUGGUUCAUCCAUCAGUCCUGAGUGUUGGGGUCAGUGUGGCACAGUUAUACAUUGUCUGUGGAUGAUGGGAAGCGAGGUGUUGUUAUCAGUUACGGCUGUCAGAUUCUGGGCAGAGCUCCACGUCACCUCCCUCUAACCCGCUGGGAAACUUAUCAUGAUCAUAACCCCGUCAUUAAGCAUCACCUGACAUUAUUGUAUCACCCAAGGCCAGGUGUGUUUACCUGCGCUUCACAAGGCCACCUAGAACUUCAACUUAAACGAGCAACAGUAAGACGCAUAAGAUCAUUACUGCGAUGACAGGAAAAGCAGCCAUGGGGAGGUAAUGAGCGGGCUUUCAGGUGAUGAGUUAUUCAUAUCAGGUACAAAAGAGGAACAAUGGCAGACACAAAGCAAUGGAUCAUGUAUGAUGGAGCUCCUUAAUGUGAAUAACCUUGUCUUGUGUCCAAGCGUGUCGUCCCUUUACAAAAGUGAGGUAGUGUUAAUGGAGAAAUUGGAGAUCCUGCUUUGUAUGUAUGUGAUGUGUGUAAUUCUGAUCAGGCACCGAGUGAGAGAGGCUAUUUUUAACUCAGACAGCUCCGAGUAUAAUGGUGCAGUGGGAUGAAUGAAAGACCUUGUGUGGGUGGUGUAGUAGCGUGCAGGUGAGGAUAAGGCUCACUUCAAGCCCCCUUUUUGUUAAGUGCGUGAUUGAUUCUUACCUGAAAGUGAUAGGUGGGGCUGGAGGAAUAUUACAUGGCAUAUGUGCUAAUCUCUCACUUAUUCUAUCACCCACGAAUGAAACUGGAAUCUCAUAUUUGAGUAAACUGGAGCUGUCAACGCUUCUCUUCAAAGCCUAAAAACAUGAUGCUUCAUAUUUUUCUCUGCCAAAAUCAGUUUUUACUGUUUUAUUCAAAUGGAUGCAAAUCAUUUCAAUUGUAGAUGUGAUACUGUCCAUAAAUUUUUAUUGCACAUUUAAUUUAUUAACUUCAAAAUGGCCCAAGGAGCUCAAAUUUGUUCUUUUAGCUGAUGUCAGUUGUCCUACAAAAGCUUGGUAAAAGACUCUGACCAACAGACAUGUUUCCCUUUUUUCUGUUGCCAACCUGUGCCAACAUUAUAUUUUCAAUAUUCAGCAGCAACUUCCAGUAUUGAAAAAUGAAGCAAUGCUGGAUGUUUGAAUAACUUCAGUUCCUCGGGUCACAUGAGGCUGUGUCCAAAAGACAAAUAAACCUCUUUACCAUAGACUAUUGAUUGUCUAAAAUGAGGAUAGGUCUGAGCAGCAUUAUCAAUUAGUUAAUGAAGCAGACUAACCCAAAUGUCAGAGUUGAGGCAAGCAGUCAGUCAAGUCAACCAUGCCUCUAAUCAUGCAACAUGAAACACUGAGUUUAAAAAAAAAACCUCUAUGUACUCACUCCAUGUGUGCCAAUAAAGAAAUAAUAUAUUCAGACAAAAAAAAAAACUUAUUUGAACAAGACUGUGAACAGUUUUACUUUUUGCUCUAAAGUUGGCUUUUUUGAAUGGAUGUGUGUGUGGCUUUCAGGGCUUCAGCAUCCAACCUCAAGUGGACACUCGAGGAAUUGCAGUUUCUUCGCUCUUCUACAUUAACAACAUUUUUCAAGCCUAGAGGCUGUCACUUUAUAUUACUAUGUUCAGAGAUCAGCACAACACACAGUUUAGGUCUCUGUCUUGUGUUCCUUUAUCCACAACAAUUGUGCAAAAGUUAAAAAAAAGUUUGUGUCUUAUAUUAAGGUUCACAAGUAUACAUAAUUAUAUGUAAUUAGAGGCAUGACUGGUUUGUCUGACUGAAGACCACAUUGGAUCAGCUGUUUGUCGGGCAGCUGCUCUUUCAGCCUCUUCGGUUUCUAGAUUAGCCUCAAGAUAUUUAAAGUCAGCAUCUUCAAUGUGGCAGAUGCCAAUUUUGGGCUUUAUAACUCGUAAUCAGAAACCAGUGGGUGACAUCACUGAGAUUACAUCCAUGUUUUAGUCUCUGGAUCAUUUGCAGGGAAAGUUUCAACACUGAAACGCACUGUAAUGAAUUGAUCAUAAACAAGAAUGCUUUUAUUGAUUUCACUUAUUAACACUUACAUAGGAUGGUGCAGUGUGUCCUCUGCCAAAAGAGAUAAAAAGAGACAGCCUUGAUGAUACAGAUCUUAAUAUUUUUUUAAUUCAAACAGCUUCGUCCUCAGUGGCGACUUGAUUUCAGAUGGACCAUUUUGCUCAUUUUUAAGCCCCCUGAGGGAAAUUGGCAUUUCAGCAAAGCUACACGUGUAAUCAACAGGCAAACAAACCUAUCUCUGCUAACUAGAAUAAAAUGCACUUUUGGCUUGUUGAUCUUUAAAGGUGUUGAAAAAUCACAUUUUUGUUGUGACAUUAAAGUCAUUUAAAAUUGAAGAUUGAUGAAAAGGCAAAGAGAUCAUACUCCUCUGCCACGAUACUUCCUCCUCUAUCCUCUUAUUUAAGUAGACGUCCAAAAGGCAAUUUCAGGUCAAACUUCUAUAAUGAUUUUUUUAUUAUAAAGACAUAAAAUGAGGACAUCACAUGCUUUCUAUCAGUUCAGCUUGAAAACACCAAACUCUUUCUCAGUCUUUUCAUGCUCUCAUGUUCUGCCACCUCCAAGUGAAAAACUCAUUAUCGCCUGUUUUGCAGAAGCAUUUAAGUUUAACAUGACUGCUUUAGCAAUUACAUUAAGAAGUAAACAGUGCAUAUUGUUAUUGAGAAUGUGAGUCUGCUUGUUCGUGAGUUAAUCAUUUGCAGAAACACCUCAUAGAUCCAUACUGUGACCUGGAUUUCUUCACAUCGCCCUCAGUGUUUGUCACAGAAGAAUAACAACAGAUCUGCAGACGAGCAGCUGACAGAGAGCUAAGGAUAGGAGAUCAGCUGCUGUUGAUGUGUUUUUAUUGAGAACUGUUUGUGUCUCUUGGCAUCCUUUCUCAGAUAGAGAGGAAGCGUCCAUAAUUUGCUUCAGAUUCAGUGGGCUCUUGUGAUUUGCUCAAGAUGUCUCAGCGACUGAAGGAUUACCUUUUUUUAUUGAAUACAGCCUCUGUGUUCAUUAUUUCAUGAAAUCAACUGAGAGUCCUUUCAUGAUCAGAGCUUAACACUUCAGUCCGUGUGGGCGUGUUUGUACAUUUGUAAGUUGCACAUCAGAUGCUCGUCUUCAAAGUUGAACAUUUUCUUUGAAGACGAGGGCAGCACAAAACAAAUUAAGCCCACAAGAUGCUGUGAGGCCCGACUCUCCUCAGACACCUGUCACUGUUGAGCCGGUCGAGCAGAUGGAAGGAGAUGAGUGUUGGUGUUUGCAUGUGGCUCAAAUGUUUGUGUUUCUCUGCAGGGUUCGGCCGACUCCUACACCAGCCGUCCAUCAGACUCCGAUGUGUCCCUGGAGGAGGAUAAGGAGGCAGUGCGCAGAGAGGCCGAGAGACAGGCUCAGGCACAGCUCGACAAGGCCAAGGUUAGUACCCAAAACCCAGAAGCAACUGGGUCUCCAUAGGUCACAGCAGCCGGUUCUUACCUACUGACAAAUACCCUCUUCAGGCGCCAGCGUGAUGUGUUGAGUUUAUCUCGAAAAUGGGUCAGAGAGAGGAACAUAAGAGGAGAAAGAGGAGACGAUGGACUGUGUGAUUUAAGUGCUCUUGGUUCAUUUGUUCAGUGAGAACAUUUAUGGGGACAUUGAUGGUUGGAAAUGGGGACUUUUAGUGUUACAAGGAAAAGAUCUUAAGGCGAGGGUCUGAAAGUGUGAAACUCACACAGUGUGCCUCUCAUUCUAGACUGUUCUUUGGCAGAGGUACUUUCAAAUGUAGUGUUUUUUUUGUGAUAUUAGAGGUGAAAUACUGCUUUGUUUUGUCCACCUGUCUCCUCCUGGUUGCUUUUUUUGCACGUCAUGCUCAGCGGAGAAAGUAAGGACACAAGAUAUCUCACACAUCUGCAAUUCAACUCCAGGAAGCAAUGUCUAAUCUGCACACCUGUGGUGAAGUUACUAACUAAUGGAGACAAAUCUGGUCAUUGAUUUUUGUUAAUAAUGUUGACAAAUUGCUGCACCUGAAAGCCAGAGUAAUGAUGUAACAUCACCUUGUGAGACAGUUGGAUCUUGAUAUACUUGAGAGACAGUUUAAAGUGGUGAAAUGAAUAAAAAUCCUCCUUUUAAAAGGACUUCAUCUGCUUUUGACCUCUUGUUAGAUACCAUUGGAUCUCUUGCUCCUUAUGCUGAAUUAAAGCGUACAAACAUUCAGCGCUCCUAAAGGUCUUAUAGCACUAAUGCUUUUGAUCAAGCGUAAAAACUUCCACAAAGUUUUGCCCUUUAUGACUGAGAUGAGCUGCAAGCAUCUCCACCCUGCUGCUCCUCCUGAGAGCACAAAAUUUUAUCCACAUAUAGUAUGAUGAUAGGGUUGGGCAAUAAACAGAAAAUGUACAGAUACUGAAUGACAAUAACCGACGUCAUUUUGCCCAUAUCGGUAUAUUCGGUGUCAAAAAAAUAAAUAAAUAAAAGUUGGUUUUGGAUGAGUGUAGGUAGGCUAUGGUCUCAUGUCCCUUUAAGACGCUGCCCUACGUCAGAGACUCCAUCCCAUCCAGUCUGUAACAAAGAGGGAAAAGACAAGUGAGAAGAUGGAGGACGGUUCGUUAUCGUCCAUUUAUCGUUAUUGAGGUGAACUGCUCAAUAUAUCUUGAUAUUGAUUUGAAGCCUUAUCGCCCAGCCGUAUGAUGAGCUUUACCUGCUUAUUGUGAUGUCAGUUCUUGACAAAUGUGAUGCUGAUUUCUGUUUGAGUGUGCAUAACAGUGCAGCUCAGAUGUGCAGGGGUUAAGCCACUUACAGCCCUGUCUUAUCAAAUUAUCUGAUCAUCUUAUCAAUAGCAAUAUCAAAGCAGCAUUGACAGAUAAGUCACUUCCAGAUUAUCAAAAAGUAGAACUGUUGUCAUGAUCACUUGAGACUUUGUUCAUGACUAUGCCAAUAAAUUCUCAGGCAGAAUUACCACACAGUCUCAACAGAUGGUAAAAAAUUCUCUCUGCAUGCAGAUGUUAGCGCCAUUGAUGGGGAAUCAGGUGUUUUUUGCAUGGCACCUAUUUGCACAGGGAGAGAUCAAUAGAAGCAUCGCAAAAGUGUUAAGAUACUGCUAUGAAAGUAUUUUUAGACUAAUAAGUGACAAAUUGAUAAAUAUAUCUUGUUAGACCUCACUGUAAGCAGUCACUUGUUUUUGCUAAAAAGAAGUCCGCUUAAUAACACUUAAUUUUUUUUGUUUGCCUGGGACUCUCUCAGAUCAAAUUUUAAUAAAGAUGAGCAAUUAGUUUGGAUAAGUGGGUCAGGCGUUUUGUUUUGAUGGUUAAAAUUAAAGCCAAAAGAAUGAAUGAUGCCAGUGAGGGUCUCCGCAAGAAUAGAAAUGUGUUUGCACAGACGAAAUCUGGUUUAUUAUGCUUGGGUUGGUGAUGCCACACAAUCAUUCAGAUGGUAAUAUAAAUCUUACACUGGUUAGUUUGUUAUUGGAAAAUGGAAAGCUGUGUCUGCUUCCUUUUUGGUCAUUUUGGAGGCUGACAUGUUUCCUCCCCCUUUUCAUUGUGAUAGGGUCAUUAUCGCUAUUUCUCAAUCCAGUAUAGAGGAUUUCAGGUCGAGAUAAAGAGAUAAAUUAUCCUGAGGUCUCAUCAUUUCCCAGAGUAGUCGGGUCAAAGCUUCAGAAUUAAUCAGUAUAAUGUCUCAUCUCUGACUUCCUUUGAAUGUCUUGCCAACUCUGUGAUGGAUGAAUGAUAGUUAAAUAAAAUCAAAUGAGGUUUUAUUCAUUUGGGCGUAAGAUGAGUGGACUUUGCUGCAGUACUGACCAGGUGACUUUAAAAGAAUCAGAUCUGGACUCUGCUGGUUUCUAUGAUGAAAAAAAAGUCCUGUCAGGAACCUCUGAUGUAGGGGGGGUUAGGGGCCUCAGAGGGCUCAGUGCUUCUGUUUAUCAGAGCCAAGCUUCCCCCUGCUGUGCUCUGCUCAGGGCCACAAUUAGCAGCAUAUAAACAAACACACACGGACAGCAGAGCAGGCUUUCCUUUACAGGACAGGCUUUGCAACCAGACCUGGUUUCCACAGAAUCACUUGAAUCCCUGGCACGUUAAGAUUUAUGCCUUAUACCUUUGAAAUCAUUUGUGUAUCUUCUGUGCACAAUCAGUUAUUUCCCAGCUUUGAACUCAAAUAUUUAUUUGUCUCUGAAAAGUUUCUUUAUCAUCUGUCUGUCACUGGGUGUUUAGUGUCUGUAACAGCUAGCGUUCAUUAGCUGGGAGCACGAAGCUUUUGGCGUUUCCAGCAGACAUUUUCCUCCCGUGCUGUGACUUGAAGUUGCUCCUAGAUGGCGUUGACAGAUCAUCCCGGCAGAUCUAUGUUGUUGUUUUCCAGAGCCAUCCUCUCUUGCUCGCUAAUUAAAAAGAUAAGUUGGCUUUAGAGAUAACCUGGCAUGGAUCACCCCGUUUUCAUUUUACAUGACAAAUUACCAGUAAAAAUAGCUCCUCAGCGUUCUGGCCACCAGAGACAGAGCGAGUCGGGGGAAGCACAGACUCUGACUGUGAGUGUUUAAGAACAGUUAUUCACAAUGAUUUCCCGAAUAUAGACAAAACAAAGACGAGUUGUGUAGCAGUGUCAUUUGCAGUUUUGUGACAAUGCAUGUUCUGCUUUUGUAAAGUGUUGGCUCUAGCAGUUGCAAAGGUUCUUUGUGUUAUUGCAAAAUUUUGGUUUAAGUCUUGUUUAGUCCAGUUGAACCAGACCCUUGAGCGUUUACCUCCUUGGUGCGGUUUGUUUUGGUUGGUGUGAACGCUGGCCUCAAAAUCUGGUGCAGACCAGUCAACCGUUCUCAGGUCAGCCUAGUAGGGUUGGUCUUGGACUGCCAUCAGGUGAACUCUAGAGUUGUUAAUUUCUGGUGUGAACCCUAUCUGCACCAAUCACAGCAAGCGCACCUUGAAAAAAUAUCAAGACAGGCUUUUGUUAUACUUCUGUGAUACGACCGUCCAAUUGCAGAGCGUCUCCUGCGACGUGCGUGUAAAUACGAUAUUUAAUUGAAGUCUUCCCAGCCGUUCAUAUGCGCAGUCCGUGAAAGUCUGCCGAUAUGCGGUCCAGAUCAGCACCAUCAUAAAAAUGAGCAGACGAUGCUCCGUGACGUACAGUAGAAAUUGCGAGGUAUUUGUCGUCUACUCGCCUGAACUGUAUAAGCAAUCACCGAACAGCUUUUGCUGCCACGUGACAAUUGUUGGACCGUUUGAGUUUGGCCUUUCUGAACGCGAACUGGACCAGUUGAAAAAUUGCAACGAUGUAUCAUCAAUGUAUGAUUCUUGCUUUGGUUCGUAUCAGAAAACGGACCUUUUAGUGUGGAUACGACCUCAGAGAGCUUACACACAACUUCUAUUGACUUCUUCUGUUUCGGUUUUAUCUUUCAGUCCAAAAUGCAUCCAAAUGUCAGCUCUCAAUGUUGUAAGCAGAGACUUCUUCUAUCCAUCUCUCACUUGGACACCAAUAUUACGCUGCUGUGAUGUUCAAUGUUGUGAUGUUAGGGCAGAGUCUCCAUGGCCUGACCCUUUCUAUUCUUACAACCAUACAUACUCUACACAGUUACACACUCAUUAUGUUUAUUUAAUGGAAACUGAUUGAAGUGGUACCUCUCCUGUCUAAGAUCAGUCUAUUUCUGCCAUUGUUCGUUAGAACACCUGGUUGAUGCCAGUGGCAUUUGGCAGUGAGAAAGGGUUUAUCUCAGCAGAGGCAAUGGAGGGCUCAAUGUGUGAUAAAAACAAAAUUAUCUUCUCUGACUACUCUUGGAGCAAAAGUACGACAGAGUAUUAGGGCCACAUCAAGAAAAGAAAAAUUAGACUCAGAGAUUAAAGUCGUUAGUUUACAAGAAUAAAGUCGUAAUAAAGUAAUUACUUAACAGGAUAAAGUCGUGAUAAAAUCAUAACAAUACUUAUAAUAAUGUGGUGCUGAUGUUUCCUAAAAGAUUAAAUUUCUCCUUGUUUGAGAAACUUAUCUUGAAGUACAUUUUCACAUACCUGCACUGCCAAUAUGUACAUACCUUGCACUUUACUACCUUGCACUUCUGGUUAGAUGCUAAACUGCAUUUUGUUGUUCCUGUACUUGUACUGUGUUCAAUGACAAUAAAAUCUAAUCUAAUCUAAUCCUCCGUCGUACAAAAGCAACCUUAGAUAAUUGUGGAAAUAUCUUCCCUCAUUAAUUAAAAAAGGUUUUGGACACAGGGGGAGGCCAAUUCACUCAACCAAAGACAAUUCAUUUGGAAUCAAUUAACAACAUUCAAGGUGAAACAAAGCGGGAAUCUUGAUUUAUAGCUCUGAGAUUCUGCGUACCCCUCAUGGAGAGGUUGUGGCGUGCUACAUGGCAGGUCUGAAACAGCACUGGCGGGUGUUUACUCAGUCAGUGUAAGUACAGAACAGAGACGACUGGGAGGUUUAAUCUACUGAAAUAUUCAUGGUUGUGUUGAGAAAUUGUGUAGCUCGUCAUGAGGUUUUAAUUGGAUGUUGUUCGUGGCCCUGCCUCCCAGGGUUCCCAGUAACGGAUCGGGCGUCAUUGGCGUGUGUUACCUGUCUUAUCUUCUCCCUUCCAUUAAUCUUACUUUCUGUCCUCUGCUCCUUUGUACUUUGCUGCAUCUCGUCCUCAAUCUUUCCGUCCCUUUUUUUCUCUCCCUGCUCCUCGCCAUGCUUAUUACCAGGUCUCUAACCCCCACCCCCUGUUCUCCCCCCCUUACUGCAGUCGAUAUCACAUCUAUAAUGAAGGCCUGUGUUACGUAAGAACAAAUCAAGCGGUAUAGGCUCAGUCAGAAGAUGUCGAGAUACUAUAUAGCUGUGUUUAAGGCGCUGUUAUGCUCAUUCUAGCUGUCGCCUGUGAUACAAGGUGGCCUAUAGCACAUGUAAAUGUGUUAUUGCCUACAGGUCUGUAAAAUGUCAUUAAGCCUGUAGAGAGCCUCACCUGCCAGGCGACCAUGAUGGAUAAAUAGGAGUAGAGAGCAGCUGAGAAGGAGGAAAGGGAGCAGCGGUCCAUGAGAGAGGCGAGAAAGUGCUCCAUAUGUACACGUACUAAUGGACCCCAUACCUUGAUGCAGGCGUGUGGCUCAAUACAUGCAAACACCAAGGACGCUCUGCCCUCUGCGAGUUCUCGCCCAGCACACAUGGGAUUUCAACAUAGAUGUCACACACACACAUGCACACACACCCUCCUCACUCUAUAUGGAGUAUUUACAGUCUUGUCCUCAUGAGGAAAAACGAUUCCAGGAGGAUUUUACUAAUGUAUUAUUUCCAUAAUCCCUCAUAUUCCAUCAUAUUUACUUCACACCUGUUGUAUUUUUAAUAAGAGUGGACCGUUGAAGCCACUCAUCUCUAAAGCCUCUCCUUGAGCUGCUGAUGAAUUACUCUCGUAUGCACUGCUGCCUCGUUGAAAAAUCCCAAGUACUGUUCAGAUCCAAGCAAAUCCAAUCAGUCCCGCUCCUCUCUUCGGCUGUUGAAGGUUAAAGGUGAAAGAGAAAGUGCUGCAUGACGAAUGUUAUCUAAUCCUUAACAGUUACUUCAUCUUGUAGUGUUUUUAAACCUGCAGGAGCUGAGUCUUUGGCCACCAGGGGGUAUCAGUAAUACAUAUAAUAAUGAUAGGGCUGCGCGAUAAACCAAAAAUUUACUGAUACUGAAGAUAACAACAAUAACCAAUAUCAUUUUGCCCAUAUUGGUAUAUUCGGUGUCAAAUAAAUAGAUAAACAAAAGUUGGUUUUGCAUGUUUGUAGGUAGGCUAUGGUCUCAUGUCCCUUUAAGACGCUGUCCUACUUCAGAGACAUCCAGUCCGUAACAAAGAGGGAAAGGGGAGGACGGUUCAAAAGUUGUAGCAGCUGGAGCGGCAGCUGAAGUAGACGAAGUUAAUGUGGGAGGGGGUGAGCAGCUUAUUAAGUAGUUAUCGUCCAUUUAUCGUUAUCGAAGUGAACUGCUCAAUAUAUCAGGAUAUUGAUUUAAGGCCAUAUCGCCCAGCCCUACAUAAUGAAUACAGAAUUAAUAUCCCACCUCGUGAUGUGGAAUCUUGCUAGCAAAUGAAAAAUCAAGCAACUAUGAAGCGAUAUCAGAAUUCAUUUUAGUCACACAUACAGUAUGUCCACCUAAAAUUGAUAUAAACUCAAUAUUUACUCACUUUUAGCACAAUUUGGGUCUCAACCAGCUACUACAGGACAAUCCAGUACUUUAACAGCUCAGUCAUCCUCUUUAUUUCACAACUAGACAGAACCUUUGCUUAGUUAAACCAUCUGAAAGCAGUAACAGUAGAGCUUGUAACUUUAAAGAUGUAGGUUGGAUAUAUUUUACUUUUUUACAAGUUACUUUAUACUUCAUUCUCUCAUCGAUAAGUGCCUUGUCUUAUAACCUCUCCAAAGUGCUGUCUUGAACUGAUCUGUAAAUUAGUCUGAAUGCUGAUGAAUCUGUGGUAUGUUUUAUUUUUGGAGGUCGCUAAGGGAAAAUUCAGAUGUCAGGGCGCUCUGAUGAAACCAGCCACGUUUGAGCGCACUUUGAAAGCAUUUAUCAAAAUCUGUACAAUUUCCAAAUAAAGUUACAGCAUCAAAGCUCUGAUCUCGAGGGUUCAAUUUGGCUCCGAGCUGAAAUUUACACACCCCUUCCUCUCAUCUUGCUCUCUUUCAUCUGCAGGUAAAUAUUUAGCAUGUGAGGCUACACAUGGAGAUUACUCUAAGCCACUUCACUGUGCAUUCGUUUUGGCUUUUCAGCUGACUCCUGUCACGCUUGUCACACAGUCAAAGGCAGAGCGAAUGUAAUCUGGUUGAGGGCAUGACCAUGUUGCCAACUGUUGAGGCUGGCUCUGAGAUUAUGUCCAAAAGCUUUUAUGUAAUUCCUAAGGGGAUGUUUGUCUGACGUGUGUAUAUACUAUUCUUUUCUGUUCUGGUGGAAAUCGAGAUUCAGAGAGGUUUUUUUGUUUUUUAAGCACACGGUUCUCCCAUUACAUUUUAACAUGAUGUUACCUUAUUUAAUCCCAGUCAAAUCCCCUUUGCACAAAAUGUGAUGCGUCAUUACGGGCAAAGGAGAUUUGCUUUUGCUUUAUGCAAAAAUACCUCCGCUCUAAAAAAGAGGACUGCUUCUCCCUCUUACGUGUUUGGUGGUUUUAUAUUCCUGCUCAAAGGAGAAAGGGAAACAUUUCAUUAGCUGUUACCAUUAUCUCAAUGGACUGUUUGUGCCAAAGAGGAAGGUCAGCAGUGAUGGGGUAGAAGGGCUAGUAUUGAUUCACCUAUUGUAAAGCCUGGGGGGUUGAUUUACGAACCUUUUUUUAUACAAGUGCUGUUUGUGCCACUCAUAAGUUACAACGAGACGAGGGUGGACCUGUUUCACCAGUGGUGUUGGAGUGAUGAUUGCUAUUGACACUUGCAUGUAAUGCCACUCUGAGUUGUAAAGUGUUUUAGCCUGUAGCACCGAGACAGAGCAGCAGCCAAGCCAUUCGCAGAGAGAGCUUUUACACCUUUUACACCUCGCUCAAAGGCAGAAUGACAGCAUUGCAACUGUGCUCAAAAACCUCCAGAUUUACUUGUUUAAAGGAGAAGUCCUUGUGAAUUCCGAGGUUAUAGGUCUGGGCUGCUAUUUGAUAGUCUUUUAAUAUCUUUGGCACGAUCUGACAUUUUAAUUUACUUCCCCUCCAGACCAAACCAGUUGCAUUUGCAGUUCGCACAAAUGUCAACUACAGCCCAAAUCACGACGAUGACGUCCCCGUGCCAGGCAUGGCUAUCUCCUUUGAGGCUAAAGACUUCCUCCACGUCAAAGAGGUGAGCCGCUUUACCGUCCAAUUACAGACUAGAAAGCUGGAGGGAAAUGAAACGAUGACUGAGAGGAAACGGAGGAUGCUAAAAAUAAAACGUCUGGCUCUCUUUUGUAGAAAUUCAACAACGACUGGUGGAUAGGACGCCUGGUGAAGGAAGGCUGUGAAAUUGGUUUCAUUCCCAGUCCAGUGAAGAUAGAAAACACUCGCAUCCUCCAGGAGCAGAGAGCCAAACAGGGCAAAUUCCACUCCAGGUAAAAAAUACUCAUACUAAAAAUGAUGGAGUAAAAUCUGUGUAGUCUUCUUAGACUUCCUCAAUGUGGAUCUCAAACAAAUAAUACCUUUCUGUUUCCAGUAAAUUGGGAGCAAACUCAUCCUCUAGUUUAGGUGAAGUGGUUCCUAACUCUCGGAAAUCUACUCCUCCUUCUUCUGGUAAGCAUGAUAGGCACCUUUUACACUCUAGUUUUAUAUUUUAAAGCCCUUUUUAGCCUCUUACACCAACUUUGGAGGGCAGAAUUCAAUUUAGAGGUAAGAUGUGUCGUUGAGAUUUCAAAUAUUAGAAGUUCUACCUGGAAAAAGUUUGUUUUCUUGUCAUUUAAGUGUUUAAUUUGAUGUAACUGUCCCUUUAAAUGUUUAACAGACACUCUGUGGGCCUCAUCAACAACAUUUGCUCAAGCUUUUCCUAAAAUUUGUACUUCAGAAAGUCUUAAAGAGAAGUCUAAAUCAGACUCGAGCGGUUCUUAAACUGCUGCUCGUUUGCACCUGUGCUCUCAAAUUGAUGACUGUCCUUAUAAGUUUGUAGGUCAGGCCGGCUUUCUCCGUAUUAGCAGAGAAAAAUGCCCCUCCACAGAUAUCACACAGGGUCAAAAUGAGAAGUAGAGAGGCAGCAGAACUGUGAAAAUUAAAAUCUAAAUGGACUCCAAGUAUUAGUCAUGUGUGAAUGUAGGUUAAACAUGGGAAUGAGGCUCUGUGUUCCUGUCAGUGUCAAAUGUGAUCCGUUACCUGUGACUUUCUGUCUUCACCUGUGUGAUGGUGUCCUUGUCUGUCUGUGCGUAGCCAUUGAUAUAGACGCCACAGACUUAGACCCAGAGGACAAUGAGCUUCCAGUCAACCUCCGCUCCCCUAAAGCGAGUCCAAACACUGUCAUGUCACCCCUAGCAAAAGAAAAACGAAUGCCUUUCUUUAAGAAGGUAAACCCUGGACCUACCUGCCCCCUGUCGUCUUCUUCUUCUUCUUCUCUGUCCGUCCGCACGGCUCAGACUUAACACCUGUGGCUGCUCAGUCUCACUCAGUGUCCGCCCUGUUCGCCCACACCUUCGUCCUUUUUCCGCCCCGUUCGUUAGCAUGCAUGCCUGUUCUUAACCUCUCUUUUUUUCCUCUUCCGUCUCACCACAGCUAAGCAGAAGCAGAAGUCGGUAAGUUGUGGCGUGUUGUGCGUCAACUCAGCAGGGUUUUCGGUGAUGACCUUCAUGGUCUGAACUGUACAAACCCUCUACCUGAUCCCUCUGCAGAGAUUCAGCUGCAUGCUGACCUCUCACCCUGCUCCUGCCAGCCUCGAUGUUGUCUUUGUGUUUAUGAGUUUGGAAGUAAACUUGUGGUACUGACUGAGUGGGAACUCACUGUGAAUUUAUGAACAUGAAAGUUUAAUUUUUUUCCAUUUUAAGGGGAUACUCUAACAUUUUGGAAACAACCAUUAGCCAACUAUUAAACUCAAAAACGGGGAGAAGGAUAAAACAGGAUCCUUGUCUAUCUUGGCUUUGCAAAACGACUGAAAAUGAGGUAAAACCACAAGUUUGGUGUAACUUAAACUCCACUCAAUUGCUCAUCCAAAGUCUGUAAACAAAUAAGUCAUAGCUUCUUGAGUUAAAGGAGCAAUACUUAAGUCUGACGCCUGGUGUUUAAAAUGAGCACUGCAGUCCAAAUACUCUGCUUAAAUACUGUUACUUGCUGUUUUUUUUAUGUUAGUAAUCUGUUUAUCCGGUUAAGAGAAAAUUAGCCUCCACUGCAUCAGUCUUAAAAGCUUUCUGCACUUAAACCCCUGCUGAAGGUUUGUGGUGAUAACUAAUCUCAUCUCUGGCAACUUAAGGGGUUUCCAAAACAUCUGCACAGGGUUCCUAAAAUAAAUACAGACUAUUCUGGAUCAAUACCAAAACUUAGGAGAAGGAUAUGCUGGCUGCUGCGCUGUUAUGAGUGAGGUCAGUGUUUCAGCUUCACAUGUUCAUCCUUCACGUCUGAUGAUAUACUAUGGUUUCGCUUUUUAAUACCUCACCACUAUCCUUAAAUAAAUACUCAAAAUUGUGUUUCUUACUGUUGGACAGUGUUGCUUUAUGUCCCUUAUUUUUUCUUUUUUGAUCUUAACAUUCAAAGUAAACAUCAUUCAAAAUAUAUCGCUGACAAAUUCACAAAUAUCUUAUUUUAUCUUAAAAAAAAUUAAAAAGACUUACAAGACAUUUCAGUUUGUUAGGAGUUAAAUUUUGAAAUGAAUCAACAGAUCAUUUCCUCACAGUAUGACCACAUGAUGUUUUCUCUGUCUCUGCCAAUGUUAACCAAGUAAUCAGGAGUUGAACUCUGUAGGAGGGAAAUGUUGAGAGCCAUAUUUCCCAUUAAUACCCUCGUGUUAGUCAGCAGCACUCCGCAUGAGUUCCCACAACAUCCCAGGGGAAGAAGAUGACGUCAGCAAACGUUAGGCGGAAAGAAACUGAAGAGUUGAAGGGCGACAUGAAAUAGGAUUGAACACGCAACUUUAAAACAAACACAAAAUAAGUGUGAGAAUGACACUCUGAGCGGUCAUGACUGUAGAAGGAGGCAGAUGCAGGAGAUGACGCUAACCUACACAGUGAACACAACUACCAAUAAAACACACCAGGUAUGCAGCUUCAUGCACAGGACAAACCAACCCUACUGAGAGAAACUGCUCACCUAUUUACCCUCCCCAAUCAGGAGCUACCAUAUGCAGAGGUGCUAAAAACAUGAAACUUUAUUUUUACUGAUUUAAAACCCCAAAACUGAAAAUAUAAACUGACAAAUCCCCAGACUACACCACUGUAUGUGACUACAACUUCACUUAGUCACAUCUUCCCAGUAAUUUCUCCAAAGAUAUUUCACGUGGCCUUGUUCACCCCCCAUACCAAUCUGCCCGUUGGAACCCUCCCUGCUCUUUAAAAGGGCUGUUUGUUUCCACGGUGACUCUUUUACCAGCGCACCCUGGAAGUGGAGACAGAAAGGUAUAGAUUAGGUUAAACUUUAUAUUGCACCUUCCCUAUUUUAAUCAGAGUACAAAUCUGUUUGGACUGUUCCAACUUAAACUAUGUUUCUCAUAGGUGGUGCGGCUAAAUCAACUCCCGGCCACCACAGGAACGGCAAUCGUCUGUAACCAACACAUCAUUAAUCUGAAUAAAAGUAUUUUUACCGAAAUACUUCUCAGACUCAUCUGUUAACAUGUUCGUUUUUUCGGAAUGACUGUAAUUGACUGACCUGUGAAGACAGUCAUAGGGACCAGAUUCACAUGAUGAAAACGCAUUGCAUGACUUGGACUCGAAGUUUUAGUUUGACCCAUUUAUCUAAGGUUCCUACUAAUGCUCUGCUUCUUCAUGAAUGUUUUUUUUUACUCUCAGCCACCACAGUGAAAAAUCCAGAUCAGUCCCCCAGCUCCUUGUCUAACCGCUGCCGUUUAUUCUGUAGUAAAAACACGCUCCACUCUCAUUGCGAGAGAAAGGGAAAAUACACUUGCCUGAGGAAAAAAUGCGCUGCCAGACAACAUUCCUCAGAUGACUGAUGGUUCAUGUUUCCUUAUCAAAUUUGCAAAGGCUAAUCCAGGUUUUUUUUUUUUUUUUGUCUGGCCCAACUGGGGCACUGACUGAAGUGGGUGGGGGAGCUGGAAGUAUGUCGAGGCUCACAUGAAUGGGAAGCAUUUAUUGACUCUUUAUCUCCACUUAUAUCUACUUUGACUUUUGGCAUCCAAGUUUUGAGAAGGUUUUACACUUCUGCAGAACUUGAAAUUCACUUUUUUACAUGCUUAUCCCCAACUGCAAAAAGUCAGGACCACAGAAAACUAAGGGGGAACCCCAACCACAUUACACAGACUAAAUUUCUUUCGAAUUGAAAACAUAGAAAAAAAAAAAAAACAGCAAUGCUGGUAGCAUCUGGUAACAAGAUUAACAGACUGUCGAUAUUCAGAAAAAUCCAGUUUUGUCUCUCUCAUUACAGACUCUAAUACCUCUACUAAAAACUCAAGUAUUGUUUAUAUCAUCUGCUUUAAAAGUCGGUUUAUCGACACCUUCACCUGUCAGGCUAAUCUGUUCAUUUUGAGGACUGACUGCUUUGAUUUUAACAUCUCGUCAAAUUCCAAUCUACGAUUUUAUUUAAAUCUGAGACUGUUACACAAACUGAGUUCCCACUUUGUCACAACAGCAAGUUUAUGAACUGUGUCGUGAUGUUUUUAAGUUUUUCAGUCGUAUGUUAUGUUGUUAUACGACAUCUUCUUCUCCUUCUUACUAACUUUUCCUCUUACUCAAACUUUUCUUUUCGUCCAAUAACACCAGAACCAUGAAAUGAGAAAAGUUUUUAAUCCAAGAGUAUAAUCCAUCACGUAUCCUGUAAUGCACUUUUAAUCAACUCAAAGAGGGAUUAUAUUGUCUUUUGGCCAGAGAAGACGUCUCGUUUCAUGGUCCACAAUGUUCCAGUGCUUUUAAACUGUCUUGUUCGUCUCUUUACCCUCUCAAGUGAUUUGUGUUGAUGUUUGCAGACUUUGUCUCUAUAAAUUAGUGUAACUAUUUUUCGUCUUCUACUCUUCUGUAAGACGGAACACAUUCCUCCGUACGACGUUGUGCCUUCCAUGCGGCCCGUGGUUCUGGUUGGACCAUCACUGAAGGGCUACGAGGUACGAAAGAACUUUAUUCUAAACACACUAUAGCUAAAAAAUGAUCAGAAAAAGUGUUUGCUGCUAAUAUCUGCCUUUAAUCAUGUGUUCACAGGUUACAGACAUGAUGCAAAAAGCACUGUUUGACUUUUUGAAACAUAGAUUCGAGGGACGGUAAGUUCUAUGUGACCUUUUAAAAACAAGCUCUCAUCCCACUUCCUUCCUCCGUCUGUCUUCCUCAUUCCUCCUCCCUCUCUGACUCUAUAGGCCGGUAUUUAUCUGUCCCCCGAGGUUCGCUAAGAGAGUGUGUAACAAGUUUGUUUGGCCUGGAGAUGUGUGCUGCUGCUUUAAAUAGGCCCUCUCCAUGUCCUUAAUAGGCCAUAAUGGGUCCGAGAGCGGAGCCGGAUUCUCCUCACUCAAUGUUGAGUCCAUCCACCCAUUUGAAGCCGAGAGAGGCCAUAAAGUUACACAACUUUAAGAUCCAAUCAGACCACCAGCAGCUAGACUAAAUCCUGUUAAGUACCUUUCUGAGCCUUGUUCUGAAAACACUGUUACAUCAACAUUUGGCAAAUUUGGGGUAAAAGACUUUUGGUUCAGGUUGUUUUGAAUCUGUUUACAACAUAUAGUGUAUGAAACAGUCUUUGAAGUGUCAACCAUCGGUUUCUGAAGACUAACUUUUACUAAAAUUAUGCCAAUGCAGUGAAAAUGCUCGGAGACUUUCAGAGCACUAAUCAUGAGCCGAAGUUUUGGCUUCAUAUGAAAGCCAACAAGCCGCAGUAGCUCUCCAUAAACUAGCAUUGCUGCUCAAAACAUUACCCUGGUCUCGGUGAAGCACAGGUUGUUUCCUGAAAAGGGGCGUUUUGAAUCCCAACAAUGAUGGUUGCCAAACUUGCUGAUUUUUACUAGCUUCAGGCUAAUCCAGAAACUAGAUGGUACGGGAAGUUCAGGUCCCGGCUCGUCCACCUGGCAAACAGCUAAAACAUGCACACUUGUGGUUUACAGUAGCCGCAUCCCUAACUUGGUAAAUUACACACAGCUGUUGGCCUUAAUAUAUUCAAAACAUAUGAGUUAUAAAAAUCUCAACAUUUGCUGAAUUGUUAAAAACAGAACCCAGUGAAAAUAAGGGUUAGGGACCAAACAAAACCACUUUCUGAUCCAGGCUUAAGGAUGUUUUAAUAUGCUGGAGAAACUGGUAUUUCAAUAUGGGACCUUAUGGGUGUUCUUGGCCUUUGGAGCUUGCCUCUAGUGGACACCCAAGGAAUUACAGUUAUUUUGCACUCCUCCUGGCUGCUACCAUUUGCUGCAAAGAAAUGUUUUUUUUUUCUUUGCUUUACAAAUCUGCACUUUUUAUCAUUUGUAUUUAUUGUUUUCCUACAACAACUGUCCUCUCUCUUAUUUUUCUCAUGAAUUUUAUUUUGUUUGUGUUUCAUAUCUAUGAAUCAAGUCUAUUCUCUCUAUUUAACUGUGUAUUUUUCUUAUCACUUGUUUCAGAAUAUCAAUCACUCGCGUCACUGCUGACAUUUCUCUUGCCAAACGCUCAGUCCUGAACAAUCCCAGCAAGCACGCCAUCAUUGAACGCUCCAACACACGAUCCAACUUGGGUAUGUUUGGACUACAAAUUACUGCCUUGCCUGGGAACAUCUGGUGUUUUGAUUCAUAAUGUUUUCAAGGAGACCAGCUUAUGUAGAAAAGGAAGGAAACGAUUAAAGAUUAAAAAAAUGGUAAUGAUAAUUCCUGUCAGCCAAGAGCGGCCUUGACCGGUUUUCUUUUGUUCGGAAUGAAAGAUAGAGCCGAAAUCCUCGAUAACAAGUUCAGGAACCACUCUGAUUUGACUGAGGUUGAUUGGGGUUUAGAUGAGAUAAGAAUGAAAAGAUUCCUGAGUCAAACUGAGGUGACAUGGCUAAUUUUAGCUUUGUAUCUUCUUAAGCAUCAGUCAGUGCCUGCAGCAAAGUAAGACGUCCCGGGAGAAGCAUAUACUGGAGGCAAAAAGUGUAUUUAUAUCAAUAUUUCAUCACUAAACAGAGCCACCACGCUACAACUCAAUGAUCUGACCUCAGUCUUUCUUAACAAUGUGCUGCUGUCCCAGAAAAAACUUGGAGGGGGCUCUAAGGCAGCCUCUCCUCCACCACUGCUGUCUUUUAAAGAUACAUUAAGAGUCCCAUAUAUUACAGCAAGCCUUUUAAUUUAGGUGAGAGCCCUUUGGAGACGAUAUGGCAUCCUUUAUCUGAAAAAUAUCCAUCCUAACAAGCCAUUUUGUGCUCCACUAAGCCUGAAAUCUUCAUCCUCCUGAAAAAAGAAUGACAAAAGAGCCAAAUUCAAUCACUUGUUUCUGUCUUCGCAGCACAUUUUAAUUAAUUAUGUUUGAAUCAAAAGCGACAUUUUCUUGAUGAAAGUGAAGACUUCCUGGGUUCGGGUCGCAAUAAAUUAUUUCAGGAAAUUUCACGACUUUAUACAAGUGAACUUAUCUGCUCCCUUUAUGCAUGUUUCAGCUGCGACGAAGUGAAAGUCUCAAUGAGCUGUUCGGCUGGAAUGUAUUCAUGUUAUCUGUUCACUUUAGACUUUGUCGUGACUGGAAGUCAUCACACUUGGCCGUGAUUUCACUCAGAUUUAGAAACGAGUCCCGCUGUGAUAUUUGCAGGAUAGUUUUCGCAAGCACGUCGCCUUCUGUCGGAGUGGGGGUUGUGUGAGAUGUUAGUCAGUUUUUGUCAGACGUAACAGAUCACGCCUCAUCGUUCCUCACAGAGCUGUUAGUCUCUUUGCCUGGUCCCAGAAAUCAGCUUUUUUAUGUUUGAAACAGAAAGGAGACGCAAACAUUUAACCAAAAAAGAGUAAAUCAAAAAAAAAAAGUUUUAUUGAGUACAAAAGGCGAAACAAACAAAAUACAACUUGGAAAGAGAAAAGCUGACAUCUGAAUCAUGGAUUUUUCAGUCAGAACAGUUUGGUCCUUUCAGAGAAACUUCAGAAAAAUAUUUAUAAUAGAAUUUAUAGAAAAGAAACUAAAGUCCAACUCCCUCUGUCUUUUUCAGCUGAAGUCCAGAGCGAGAUCGAGCGAAUUUUUGAGCUUGCUCGGACGUUACAGCUUGUAGUUCUGGACGCUGACACCAUCAACCACCCGUCACAGCUGGGGAAGACGUCACUCGCCCCCAUCAUAGUCUACGUCAAGAUCACCUCCCCGAAGGUGAGUUACAUUAACAUCAUUUAUCCACCGGUCAAUAUGCGAUCUAAGGAGAGCUGAAAAACAUUUAAAUGAGCUGUUUAUGUACACUGUGAGAUUCAAAAAUUCUAAUGUGGUGAUUCCUUCGCUGUCGGUGUUUCAUUAGUCAAAUGUUUUAUGAGCAUAAUUUGAAUAGGUGUUUACACUGUUACUGAACUAGUCUAUGAUUUUAUGUCCUGUAUAAUGUUAAUAAUUAGGACCAUGUCUGUUGUUUAAGUGUUGGUAAAGUUGGUGCCUUCGUCUUUGGAUUUGGAGAUUGUGGUCCUCCUAAGGGGUCCUCCUUAGAUAAAUCUAAAGCGGUUUGGAGGUUAACACAGAAAAACAGUUCCUGCCUCAUUAAUCUGGACUGUAUUUGUGUUGAUUUCUUGAAUGUUUUAAAGGUACAGUGGAGAUAUUUCGAGAAAAACAGGAGGUCAUAUUCUAGAUUGGAUGUGUCCCUCUGCUCGCCCCCUUAGUUAUGAAGUAAUGGUGGCCUUUAAGGUCAAUUAUGAUCCUCUAUUUGUCAAGAUUCUACCAUCAGAAACACUAUCAAACCUCUAUGAAUACUUGUUUGAAUGGACUCCAAGUAGAGUAGUUGCUAUCUACUACUCAAAAACUGUGACAGAAAUUCUGUUUUGAAACUCUAGCUAUAGAAAAACAUGAAGUUGAGAAAAAAAAGACUACAAAAUCUCCAAAUUUCACUUUAAAAUUAACCCUUUAUUUCUUACAGCUCUAGUUCACUUUAGUCGAUUAAAACAACCCUGACCUUGUUGCUCUUUGUCCUCAACUCACCCACCCAGGUUCUGCAGAGGCUCAUCAAGUCCAGAGGCAAGUCUCAGGCCAAACACCUCAACGUCCAGAUGGUGGCCGCAGACAAGCUGGCUCAGUGCCCUCCUGUAAGUCUCCCCAGUGGACCCCGAUGAUCACUCACUUGAAUCACUGAUUUAGAAAGAACACAGAGUUUGGUACUUUGUGAGAUUUGUUUUGAGCCAUAUUCGUGCACAUUUGAAAUCAGUUUGUUUUUGGGAAACUGAAAAUUUCUGCCAGUUCUGUUUCAACCAUCUGCUUGGUGAUUAUUUUCGAAAGUAAAGUCAGAACUCCAGGCUUGUGAAACUCACACAGAGCUCCCUAUUUUUCUGUGAGUUGGUUAAUUCAGCCAUUGCUUCAUCGCUCUGUUGUGUAUAGAUUCUUUAUGGGUAAUGAUAAUUCAAGGUGACUGAGAGUAAGAGCCUCUCCCUGUGAAAGCUCGCUACUCCAGCGUCUUGUUUUCAUAACCUUGACUUGUCCUCCCUGAUUUUUCAUAAACUCUGCCUGUUUCCUCUUCCUUUUCUUCUUCUGUAGGAAAUGUUUGACAUCAUCCUGGAUGAGAACCAGCUCGAGGACGCUUGUGAGCAUAUGGCUGAUUACCUGGAGGCUUACUGGAAAAGCACUCACCCCACCAGCAGCAGUCCCCCUGACCCAGUGUUGACCAAGCUUCCAACAGCCGCCCUGCCCUCCAGCCAAGCCCAGGUCUCAGGCGUCCAGGUAAACAUGCUGAGAAAACUCAAGGAGAGGACGGUCUGUACUUAAACAGUGCAGAUGUACAAGACAGACCAAAAAGAGGAAGAACUAGAAUGAAGACCUGCAGUAAAUACAGUUCAGGAUUUGUCCCUAAAACAUCACAUUUUACUGCUGUCAACCUUGUCUCAUAUAUUUUAAUGAGAAAUGAGUUAGCAUCUACCUUGUAUGUAUAUUUUACAUGAAAGAGUGAUCUACUAUAGAUGAUAAUUCAAACAAGUAAAUAAGUGAUACACUGGUGGCUUAUCACUCUUCACUUAACAUGCUGUUCGCAGUAACUUUACACAGGUAGUUUAAGGGAAUAAGCUUUUUAAAGUCAAUUUAUUUAAUAUAAGAAAAUGGGUCCUUAAAGGGAUAUUCCAGCGUAAAAUUGCCUCCCUGAGAAAAAAGUCAACAACUUCCGGGUCACAACACAUCGAAAUUGAUACAAACCAAAAACGAAUAGAACAAAAAUCCCAUGAUAAUUCUAUUCUCUCAUAUUCUAUUUUUAAUUUCAAAACAAAAUCAAAACAGCGAAAAAUAGGCUGUUAUCCGUUUUCCGAUUUUUGAUUCUAAAACGGAUAUGGAAUGAACGAAUGAUACAUUGGUAACCAAAUAACUACCCAUCAUGUAUCCAGUCUGAAUCAGGCCUUACUCUAGUUAGACCACACCUGCUUACUACCUGAAAAGUGUGAUUCAAACAAGAGCAACAAGUCCAACCUUCAGAAAAGAGACAACUUGUUCUGAAGCAGUUCACAUCUGAGCUUCUAUAUUAGUAUUUUUACUGUCAGGUUGACGCCUCAACGGUGUGUCAUGAUGGCAGUAGCAGCUCAAAAACACAUUUAAAUGUGUCUAAUGUCACUUUUGUGUGUGUUGUAUAUGUUGUAUAACCCCUAACCUUUACCCUCUCUCCAUCCACUGCCAUCACAAUGGAAAAUGUAAGACUGAAAAUGGGUGGCCUGAAAUUCAUGAGGAGGAGGAGGAGGAGGAGGAGGAGGAGGGGGAGUGAGCAUGAGGUGAUUUUCAGUGUGAUGAGUUUGGAGAGAGAAAAAUCAACGAAGAGCCGCUCUGAUUCAGGAUCACCUUCUCUUCAAAAACCAUCCUCUAUCAGAUUUUUCAGCUUUAGAUGAGUGGUUGAUGAGUGUUUUAAGAGUUGUGUGUUUUCAUGUGUGUUUGGUUGCUGUGCACAAACACAAUCUGCACCAGAAACAACCGGGUUGGAGUGAAAUCUGCAUGUUUGUGGGUUUUUGUGCAGCAUUUUCCAAAUUUCUGUCACUCUUUUGACUCACAUGUGUUACUGACCCCAGGGUGGCAGUGCGGAGCAAAGAGGGGACAGAGCAAUAGAGGAGAGGAAGGGCUCCAGAGAGGAUCACCAGCACCACCAUCACCAUCACCACCACCACCACCAGAGCCAGGACCAGGCUGAUGCUGACGCUGAGGCCGAAGGGGAGGGGAACGAGGAGGAGAGACCUCUGAGGACAGAGACUUCUAGGAGAUCCCAACACGUCCACCAUCGUUCGUCUUCCACCAGGACUGAGCACCACAACCACCAUCACCACCACCACCACCACAGCAGCAGGGCCCGGGGCCUCUCCCGGCAGGAGACUUUGGACUCAGAGACCCCUGAGAGCAGAGAGAGCCGAGAGAGCAAGGACUCUGCCUAUAACGAGCCACGCACUCAGCUCCUCCACCAGGAGGAGGAGGAGGAGGAGAGAGGAGGAGGAGGAGGAGGAGGAAGAGGAGGAUGAGGAUCUAGGGGAGGGGCACCCCCAACAGCAACAGCGUUACGAGCCACUGCCCCACCGGGACCACAACCACCACCACCACCACCACCAUCACCGUGGUGGAGGGGACGAGGCUGGCCACAGCACGGGACACCACCGCUCGAAGGAGCGCGAGCAGGACCAUAACGAACGCAACAAGCAGCGCUCACAUCACCACCGGCCGGCACGCGAACACCACCAUCACUACUACGACCGGGACAGAGACAGGGACAGAGAGGGGGAGGUGGCUCCCAAAAAGAGGGGUGAUGCCGGGGAAUGGGCCAGAGACUCCUACAUCCAUCAGUGACAGACCAAAUCCCUCUGAAGCUCAUUCGGACUCUCUCCGUUCUGUUCUCCUCCCAUUGUGCUGCUACACCCUGAAACCACAGCAUCCUAUUUAUGUACACUCCCUUUGUAAAUGCUGUUGCAUCUUUUUCAAUGGCAGGAUUUUGAUUACAUAGAUACAAAUAUAAAUAUAUAAAUAUAUGUAUGUGUGUAUCUAUGCAUAGACGUUGUUUAUGUGUGGAUAUGCAUGGAUAUUCUUAAAUAUGCAUAUUUUAAACCUGUGUUUGAUAAAGCAUGACAAAGAAGCAGAAUUUUUUUCUGUACUGAGCUGUGCUUUCUGUGAUUAGCAUUUAAUUAUUUUAUUUUUUUGCUUGCAACCACUUGAAUAAUUUGUUUCUCCAGACUACUACUAGGGUUGACUGAAACAGUCGACUAACCAAGCUAGUUUCAUGCUGUUCAUGCAAAGGUCUUAAAGUUAAACUUUGUCAUCCUGGGACAUGCACAUAUUUACUUUUUUGUUUCCCCAGGAUGACACUAAGUUGCCGGUUCAUAAUUCACCUAGCUGAGCCUUCACUUCAUUCAACUGUAAUUGCAAACAAUAUGAAUGUAAGUAAUAUAAAAAAAAACAUUACCAUUCAUCCCUUCUCAGUUAUCCUAAAAAAGAAAAGUGGGAGUGUAAAAUCUAGAGGGACACACAUCACUGAUUGUAUAUUACUAUGGACAGCGCCUCCAUUUACUUCAAUUGAAGCCAAAAAUAACAUCUUGAUGGCUGCUGACAUAUUGCACUAAAAAGCGAUCAGGCUGGUGGGGCCAGAGGACUGACACCACACCUUACAGACUGACACAAGCAGUGAAACAGCAGAAAAUCCUCAGGUCAGAACAUUUAAUGGUAGAACUGAUUUCUAUGCUGAUUUAAAGCAGACACUCGCAGUUAUGGAGAGUUUAAUGACUCGUGUGUUUGCUAAAGUUUCCCUUUUUGUCCCUCUUCUUUUUUCCAAUUCGGCAAAGAAAGAUUUUUACAAAAGAGGAUUAGGGCCACAUAAAGAGAAGAAAUAAAUUACAGGAAGGAGAUUAAAGUCGAAAUUUCAAGAUGACACAGAUCGAAAUUAUGUCAAUGAAGUCGAAAUUUUGAGAUUGAAAGUUAAAAUUUUGAGAUUAAAGUUGACAUUUCGAGAUUAAAAAAUGUCGUGCAUAAUGUCGAAAUUUCAAGCUGUAAAGAUAAAUUUUGAGACCAAGUCAAAAUUUCUGCUGUAUUCACGUAUUUAGAUUUUUUUUAUCUCGAAAUCCUGACUUCAAUGUUGAUUUUUUUUUUUUUUCACCUUUUUAAAAUUUUGACUUUAAUCUCAAAAUUCGACUUUAAUCACGAAAUGGAAAUUUAAAAAAAUCUCCCCCCUGUAAUUAUUUUUUCUCUUCUUGUGGCCCUAAUCCUCUUUCAUAGAUUUUAGCUUAACUUGUACAUUAGAUCUUAAGAUUGACUGUUGUGGUUAAAUGGCUCUGCCUAAGUCAAGCUAACUAAACCUAACCGUGUUCAAAUGCCAGAUAGUCCACAGACGAAUAGAAAUUGUGUCAAUCUUCCCUCGUUUUUUCCCAACAAAGGGAGUCCUCCUCAGUGUUGGACUGCUAAUGAUCAUCUCUAAUAGCUUGUGUCAUUGUUGUAAAGUUCUGCAUCUCUGGUAUUAAUUUGGCACGAAUUUAAAACUACAUUACAGCUGCCCCUCAGUCUUACCUCACAGACGGCUUUUUAAGCUUCCUCUCUCACGUGCAGCACUUCUCUCUUUCUAUGGGUCCAGAAACACUUUUUAAAAUUCAAUCUGCACUUUUUCUGAAACAUUGGUUUCAGAUGAAAGCUAUUUGAUAUGACACUGAAACUCACUGUAGGUCUUCCCGCCAAGACUCCACUAAGGUUCAUCUUUUAACUCUGACCACUUUUCUAAGGAAUGUUAACUCCCGUGUUUCUCCUACUCAACAAGCAACUUCAAAGAAUGUCAUUGAUCAUCGAGGUGAUCUUACAAACCGACUCAAACAUCUAAUGAUAAACUGGAAUAAAAGUUGCGUUUCCACCAGACGGCCUUUCUAGAAGGGGCUGGACCUUCAAAUUAACAUCUCGAUUGGCUCCUGGGAUGUAAUUCACCACCAUGAAAAUGAAAGCUUGUUCCUCAGGAGCAGGACCUUUUUAGAAAUUUACCUGAUUGAGCUUAAACGGCGGUCAGUUUCCAAGAACCAGUAUUUAUUUAUUUAUUUAUUUUCAUUUUACAUAACUAGGGUCACAAAGAAAACAGCAGUAUAGACAAAGUCAAGGUCAAACUCUGCAUUUUUUUCUGGGGACAAAAUCCAGCAGCUCACGAUCAUUCUGGUUUAUGUUGCAGACGUCAAAAUUACUCAACGCUCAUUUCUUUUGUCACCAGCCGACUCUCUGCAGUUAUUCAGAAGAGAGAGGAAAACAAACAGCUGACUGAAAGUACCCUUUAUUUGUCCAAAAAGUAGUUUCUGCGACUUAAAAGCUUUCAUUUUGGUGGAAACGUGACUUCAUUGCAUUCAGAGUCAAGAUGUUUGAUCAUGUGAGAGCAUCCAAAACUUCCUUGACACGGUCGAUUAUGUGUUUACGAUAAUGAAAAUCUGAUCUGAGCCCCUCUGUGUACAAACUCUCUGGUUUUGCCUGACAAUUGUACUUGCAUACAACUACUCCGUUUCUAUGCUACAAUGGUAGCAUUGCAGGUUUUUUUUAAACAAUGUACAUGUGUAUGUACAUAAUGCAUAAAUAUGACGAAUAAAGUUGGCAAAGACGGACUGGUGCAGGGGGGGACCGUUUGAUACAUGCUUUGUUUGGAGACCCAGCCAGAGGAGGGAGGCAGUGUCUAUAAAUAGCCAUGUGAAAACUCUACUGAAAAAUUGAGGUAGACUCACCGGUCUGCCUCCAUAGUUGUCAUGACAACACCGGCGUGAAUGACAAUUCUAAGGGGAUGCAUCUAAAAUAGGAAACCGCACACACACACACAUACACACACAGGCGUGCGCCUCCAAAAUAGACAAACAAGCUCUCCCAGCGAGGCGGCUGAUUUGAUACCAAUUUGAAUGUUAAAGAGAACGUCCUCUGGUGCUGCAGCGACCAGAGCGGCCAUUUAAUCAGCUGUCUCUCCUCACAUAAAAACAGACAUAGUAGAGCUGGCUUCUCCAGACAGAUGUGUGGACGGACUGACAAUGGUCUAAUGAUUUUUCCCAAGAAGAAAGGAUAAGCCAGGGUCAGCGUGACAGUCCUCAAAACGCCGCAUAAUAGGAGAAAGAGCUUGAGGUUUGAGAUGACAGGCACAGAUAAAUAAAUUCAUCGACUCUCUGCGUUUAUGUUUGCACCAAAUGUAUUAGUGGUGAGUCCUGUAAUUCAAAACUUGCUACUCAAACUUGCUUUCCUGUGUUCAGAAAAUGUUUAAAAACGCACAGAAAGUUAGAAAAACUUUAUUUAAAAGUAAGUUACAUCAUGAAAACGUGAAUGUGCUUCCCCUCUGGUGAACUUCACACAGCAUCAUCUCUCUCAGGCACUAAUUGGAGCUCCCAGUUGUCUCUCCUUCACUACGAAAAGACACUAAAUUGUUAAUACCUCUCAUGACCUCUUUCUGCACGCUACUUCCUGAUCCUGAGAUCCAGCCAAUCCGCUAUCACCAUGGCAGCUGUGUCGUCACUGUUGUUAUGGCGACGCUAGCACUGCUGCAUUUGCCACUACUCAUUCAGUCUCCAUCUCUACGUGCCCCUCCCUCCCCUCUCUCUCCUCUCUCUCCUCUCUCUCCUGCCCUGGGUGUUUAUAAAGCUUAUCCCUAUAUGGCCCGCAGUUUCAGAGAGCAGCUGUUAAGAGGCAGAUGCUGUAAACAGUGAGUGUCUUUGUCAACACUGCCCCGUCAAAGCACACACAGUGGCGUAAUAUAAACACUACUGUUCCC